GUGGACAUGAAGAUGAGGAAGCUAUGGGCUGGGCCUGGAGGUUAGCUACGUGUCUGCUUCUCCUUUAAAACUGCUUCCCCUGUCUGAGUCUGUACACUCACACAGGUCUAGCUCUGAGUACAGGAUCACUCUCCUUUCAUCACUCACUCCAGCCAUCAUGUCCAAGACGGUAGGAGACUGUCUCAUUGUAUCUUCUUCUCUGAACAUUCUAUUCCUGAUCAUUUCUAACCAGUCUCUUCUGUGUUGCAUUCUCAAAGCUAACUUUGUAAUCGACCAUCUAAUUGUGGGUUUGGUCCGCUGAUCUACUACUGGUACAAAGUUUGCUAUGAGCAAAUACCAAUCAGUAACCUAGAGAUAAAGCAGGAGACAUCACUAGUUCUCUUAUUGGAUGGGCUAUGUGUAAAAUCAAUUAUGGAGUAAUCACCAUAGAAACCAAAUUAAUUGACUAAUGUAUACACUUUUCGAACUUUAAGUCACAAUGUUCUCUUUAUAAACUGCUAUUUUACUAGUGUUGCCCUGACUGUGGGUGUUGUAUUGUACUUGUUUGUCUGAUUUUUUUAAUUCAUUUUUUUUUAAAUAGCAUUGUGAAAUAUGCUUACAAUACUAUUGUAAACCAGGUGGUGAUUAAUUCCAGCAUUAAUUAGUGUAAACUGUAUUUUGUCUCUGUCCAUCGCGUUGACUGACAGCUCAGCAUCUUCUGAUCUGAAAUUUCGAAGUUUGUAAAGAUCAAUUUUGGGACAAAGUUCCAAAAGUUCAGACAUCAGUACGAACAUUCCAUUGGUUACCAUGGUGAUAUCACCACAAGUUAUUCUACCUGUAACCCCCAAUGAGUGUAUGUGUGAGGUUGGUGUUGAUGUAAUACAUGUUGAUAGAUUGGAUGUGCAGUCACAGUCAUACAUAUGUAAUCCAUUCUUCUACAGGCUGAUACAUUGUAAGUAGUAAUAGAUGAAUGAAAUGCAAACAUUCCUUUACUGUAUAACCUACAGCUGCAACAUGAGAACAGCUUGAAAUGAUCGAAUUCUAGUUGUGCUUUAUAUGUCAUUAAUACUUUCAUUAUGGUUUUCUUCUUUUUAUAUUUGUAUGUUGUGUUAUCCUUUUUUUAGCAUUUUGACAACUUUUGUUUUAUUAAUUUUGUUAGUUCUUCUAUUAUUCUUCCACUUUGUAAAUGUCUUAACUCAAAUCCUACAGAUUUUAAUGAUGUGGAAUGAAUGCUCAGCAGGAUAAUUUCCUGAUUGGAAUCUGCUAACUUUGAACUUAGAGGCAGGGGAAAUGCUGAAAAUUCUUCACUAAUUAUAUAAAACAAACAUUUCAUUAUUGCCUUCUAAAUAUAUUGGCUUUGUUAAUUGUGAUACAUGUGAUUUUAAGUUCCUUAUGUUGGCAAGGCAUUAGACCAGGGGUUCCUAAAAGGUAGAUCCAUAGGUGUUGUGUAACUACAACUCCUAUGAUGCUAUGAAUGCCUUUAGAAUGACAAAGCAUCAUGAAAAUUGUAGUUUUAAAACAUCUGAGGAUCUACCUUUUGGGCACUCCUACAUUAGACUAUACCUAUAGGUUAUUCAGUAUUUGAGCACAUUGAGAAUUAUGUUGAUCAUUUCACUUUAGUGGUGGUAGGUUGAACCUAGGGCUAUGCUAGAAAGUGCAAUUAUCAUCAUUCUCAGCCACCCACUGUUUGCUAAGAGUCAUCAGACUUUCAGUCUAGAAACCAAGAGGGUUGGGGUUACAAUACUUUACACUCCAAGCCUAUAUGAUGGAAGGAUGCAAAACAGAGUACACCGGUGGCCUAUAUGCUGGGCUAUACGCUGGGCUCCUGUGGGUGCAGCUUCAUUUUAUCAUGGCUAUUAUGAGGUUUGGUAUUUUAACAUAAAUUGCUAGGGAACUAAUGGACCGUGGGGUAGUUGUAUAUUUGGGUAAGUUAGUGGGAAAAAAGGUUUAUGUAAACACAUUCAUGGCUAUUUACUAAAAAUGUGGCCUUAAGUUUGAAAUUCCCUUUAAUUUUCACUUUGAAUUCCACAAAAGUAACUGGACUGAAAGCAUAGUUGAUCAUUUCAGCUACUUUGGCCAAGAAUUAGAAAAUCACUUGGAAUUCCCGACACCACUCACCGAUUCACUCACUCAACAACCCUGAUUAAUAACUUUUUAAUGUUUUGUUUUGUAUUUGUUGUGGAUUUUAACUUAAUGAAGCAGUUUUUGUGUAUAGAUCAUGUCCCUGAUGUCUGACUGCUCAAUUCUCUGCCAUUUAGGAGUUAAAUCAAUUUGUUUCUGUCCAUGCAGCCCUAGCCACACAUCUCCUGGCUGUGACUCACAUAGCCUGCAUGAAAUGGUUAUUUUUCAAUCAGGUGUUAACUUGCUUUAGAAGUUUUUAAUUCCCACUCUGUAAAUUUUAUCACACACAGGAGGCUCCUGCUGGGUCUAAAGUGCCAUUAACAGAGCAGGAGAUAAGACAUUCUAAAUUAUACAGAAUUUGCAGUAAGAUAUGUUUAAAGAUUAUAUCUCACUUUACUGGAAAUAUUAAGAAAGGCUGUGCAAGACACAUGCAAGCUGGCGUGACAAGGGCUGUAUAAACAAAGUAAUUUACCUUCUAAAUGAUAGAUAAUUAAGCAGUGAGACCACAGGGGCAUGAUCUCUAAACCAAAACAUUUUCAUUAAGCCAUAAAAUGUACUUGUUAGCCAAUACUAGGAAAGUCUCCUCACAACAGCCCAAUUCUUCUCUGAUGAAGUCAUGAAGAUGUUUGUCCAAAUAGAUGUUUCUCAAGAGAAGCAUUGAAAACACUCCUCACAAGCAAUUCAUUAAUCCAAUGCUUCUCUUCGAGAAUACCGAUGGUGUUUUUUAAAAUCAUACAUUUCUUAAAUCUAUUCCAACCAGAAAUUCACAAACUGUGUAUGGUGACACCGAACAUGUAUUUUAGUCUGAAAUUUACAUAGGCUAAAGGUGCAGCAUCGGCACCCCAAAAUCUCUUCAUUAAGAUUAAGUUAUUUUGGUUUUAGGAUUGUCUGUGUACACUUAAAGGGACAGGAAAGGUUUUAUUAACUUCAAUAGCAUUCAAGAUGCAAAAUCCACUUCCAAAAAUGUACUUCUUCAAAAAAUCACAGCGAGAAGACGCCAGUGUCCAUUGUGAAUGCUUUCCUAUGGACUGGCUGAAUGCGCACGCGGCUCCUGCCGCGCAUGCGCAUUCAGCCGGAGAGGAGGAGGAGAGCUCCCCGCCCGGCGCUGGAGAAAGAGGUAAGUUUAACCCCUUCCUCUCCCCAGAGCACGGCGGGAGGGGGAGCCUGAGGUUGGGGGCACCCUCAGGGCACUAUAGUGCCAGGAAAACGAGUAUGUUUUCCUGGCACUAUAGUGAUCCUUUAAUGGUCCAUAAAGAUAAACAAUUCAUUCCCUAACUGUGAACACAUGUAAAAUAUCUUGCUACAAAGUAGACAGGGAUAAACUGUUUCAUUUCUCAAACAGUAUCUGUUUGUAAUGUGGGUGAAGCACUAAUGAUAUCAGAAAAAAAUCACCUGACUUCACACCCUUUCUUUCAUUGACUCAUUGUUGGUAUAUGAUGUCAUUGCUACCAAGCUAAAUUGGGCAAUUUAAAGUAUGAUUCCGUUGAUAUCAUCAGCAAUAUAGCCAUGAAAAAUAAAUACAUCAAAAUGGCAUAUUUUAUAGCAUAUAUAACCUUGCAGAUUUCACAGAUCUGCAAUACAUGCCGUAUCCAAGCUUUUGGAAAAGUAAAUUUUGCCUUUAAUUUGCAGAGGGUGCUGGGAGUUUACUUCUGGAACAGCCAAGAUGGCCACCUUUGCCCAAAUGUACUGCAGACGAUUUUUGUAUAUAUAGAUGUUUAGUGCUGUAGAGUAGGUUACAGCUUCAUAAACAUAAUAAAACAUAUGGUGUGUACAUCCACUAUGUCACAGAAUGUCCCACUGAGAACUCGGCAAAGUGCAGAUUAACAGUCUCUGUGAGGCUGUGAUCCUUGGGUGCGGAUUCACUGCUUCCAGUCAAAGGUUAGGCCAGUAAUUCACAGUGACAUAAUCAUAGGAAAAACAGAUGAAAGGCCUUGUUUGUUCAUUAAUGUAUAGAUUUUUCAAAAUGUUACCAUGAGACAGACCUUAUUAAUAAAGCUCUAUUGUUGUAAAGCAGACCUUAGAGCAGUUUGGCAAAUUAUGCUAUGACACAAAUUGUCUCAUCUCUGUAAAGAAAUAUAUUUUUUCUUUUUUUACAAUUUAGACUUUGGUUUACCUUUCUGAGAAUAUAGGUCAUUUUUCAGGUGUGGUAAAAUAUAACUAUAGCUUAAUUACCCUUUGAUCCAAUAAACACCCUUACUUGACGCUGCAUAAGUACCAAUCAACUCAUUCCCAUUUCCCAUCUGUAACAUAUACUUCCUUAAAUCAGCAUUGUAUUUCCAGUUCUGGACAGCCACAGUAUACCAGUCAUAUUUUGUUUUUUUACAAAAUUCUUUAUUGAGAUUUUUUCAAUAAUAAAGAGCAUAGAACUGGUGUAGAGUUAUAGGGGUAGCACAUAAACAGGCAGACAUAUAUUCGAUGCACAUAUCAGAUAGUUAAUUUGAUUCUUACAUUUUCAAACUGUAUUGGUGCCUACUGUUUAUAAUAGAAUAAGAGAGUGUCAUUGUAAUGUUUAAUUAUAUUCCUUAAAUUAUAUUUCUCUUUGUAACCUUAGAACUUGCUAUCUACUAAACCUUUAAUUUAAUUUAAAGUUAAAGGACCACUAUAGUGCCAGGAAAACAUACUUGUUUUCCUGGCACUAUAGUGCCCUGAGGGUGCCCCCACCCUCAGGGACCCCCUCCCGCCCGGCUCUGGAAAGGGGAAAGGGGUAAAAACUUACCUUUUUCCAGCUGGGCGGAGAGCUCUCCUCCUUCUCUCCUCCUCCGAUCCUCCUCCUGGGCUGAAUGCGCACGCGCAGCAAGAGCUGCGCGCGCAUUCAGCCCGUUGCAUAGGAAAGCAUUUACAAUGCUUUCCUAUGGACGCUUGCGUGCUCUCACUGUGAAAAUCACAGUGAGAAGCACGCAAGCGCCUCUAGUGGCUGUCCAUGAGACAGCCACUAGAGGGAAUAGGGGGAAGGCUUAACCCAUUCAUAACCCAUUCUCUGAAACUGCUAUGUUUAUUAAAAAAUGGGUUAACCCUAGCUGGACCAGGCACCCAGACCACUUCAUUAAGCUGAAGUGGUCUGGGUGCCUAGAGUGGUCCUUUAACUUUUCCUAAUUUCAUCCACAUUCCCUUUGGUGAUACACAUUUGAUCGAAUUAAAGGGAUACUCUAGGCACCAACACAACUUUAAUGCAUUUAAUAGAUUUAUAAAAAAAAAUAUGCAUGAAUAUGCUGCAUUUCUUGCAUAUUGAUUUUGCUUUACAUUUUGUAAAAAAUAUAAAACAAAUGAAGAACGCUACACCAUAAGAUUGCAUCUUUAACCACACCCCCUCAUUCAAGAAGAAGACUUCCUUAUCAGUGUACGUACACAGCUCAGCCAUGGACAGCAAUGAGUGAGUCAAACUGCCAUUCAGCUUUCUCGUAUUUCCUGCUCUAAUUACCAUAGUACAACUAUAAUAUAAAAUGACAAUGCAAAGUUGGUAGUGUUCAUUAUAUUAAAUAUUCUCAUAUGCCAGAGGUGUUUCACUUUUCUUUGAUAACAUUCUCCUUUCUUUAUUCUUUGCAUUUUGUACCCAUCAUGACUUCGCUUUUCACCAUAAAACAUGUUACCGGGUAAACCAAUUUAUUUACAAUCAAACCUAAAUUGCUUUUAGUGUGCUCUCUCUUCUACCACUUGCACUAAACCUUUGAAACUCCAUAUUCAGUGGCCAAAUAUGUUCUCUUAUGAGUAUGGGAAUGGCUGGGGGUUUUGUACGUGUGGUGGCUGAGUGUUAUGUAUGUGGAAGAUGCUGAAUAUUUUGUGCAUUUGUGUGUCUGUUUCAUUCCUUGUCUCCUGCUUACCUUUUCGCACGAGGGGUUUAGAAUCCAUGGCGGUCUGUUGAGGAUAUUAUGGGGUCCCUGGUGGUCCAUCGGGGGAGCAUGUAAAAUGCACCUUACUCAAUGUAGUGGAGGUACACAAGGUCACAUAGGGUAAUCUUCCUGAUCUUUUUGUUGGUAUUUGCAGGCAGGUCUCCCCUUACCAUUCAGAGCCAGCAUUUCAGGCACUGGCAGUUGCCCGCUUUACCCCUGUCUGAGUCUGGAGUCUUGGACAUUUGUCUAAGCCUGAUAGAUAAUUCAGCUUUUGGUAGGAGAUAUGAUGGGUGGCACUACCUUAGGUGAAUGAAAUAGAAUUCCUGGGUGCACUGCCUACUUUAUACACACAGUAGGCCAACGCAUGUUGCCUGAAUGUAAUAUUAUUUAGUAUAUUUAGUCUUCAUUGUUUAAAGUUCAAGACAGCAAUUUUUGAAAUAAUCGGUCAGCAUAUUUGGAUUGAACUAAAACCAAAUGUUAAAACAUGAGAUGGGGAGCUUGGGACUCCAUUAACCCGCACACUAAAACAUCAUUUUCCUGUGUCUCACUCAUGAUGUAAGUGUCCCUUAACCCCUUAAGGACACAUAACAUGUGUGACAUGUCAUGAUUCCCUUUUAUUCCAGAAGUUUGGUCCUUAAGGGGUUAAAGUGCAAAGGUUGUGGUCAGCAAUGUUAUUGUUGUCCUUCAGCAUUUUCACUUUUUAUUCUUUUUAUGGAAUAAGUUAAACACACAUAUACAGUACAUGUAUAUGAAUACUGUGUUCACAAGAUAGAAAUGAAUAAAUGGAUAAAGGGAACCUAUAGUCCAGAAAAUAUAAAUUGUUGUUUGGGACUCUGGGGUCCCUUGUAGCUUUGUCAGCAUUCUCCAACCCACUUUCCUCUAUGAAAUUUAGGUUUGAUAAAGCUUACUCACUUCUUUUCCAGCAUCAAAUCUUUCAGCUCCGCCUUCAGUUAUGUCAGCAUCCAAGCUGACAUCAUCCGCGAUUUACUCCAAUUGGAGUUCACAGGCAAACGCCACACUCCUUCAAACAAAUAUUUCUAUCAGCAGCAUUUGAUUCCAGGACCAAGUUUGACAUGGAAGCUCCUCUAGUGGCUGUCAGGAAGAUAGCCACUAGAUCUGUAUUUAACCCUGCAAUGUGAAUAUUGCUGUUUUCUAUCAUGUUAAAAUGGCCGGGCCACUGCACUCAGACCACUUCAUUGAGAUGAAGUGGUCUGGUUGACUUGAGUGGAUCUUUUAGGCACACAGUCCUACCAAAGAAAAACAAAUUGAAACAAAAUGCAAAAACAUGUAACCAGAACUAAAAAAAAAUAUUAAAAAACCCAAUUUUGUUAAAUAUAUAUAUGAAUUAUAGAAUAAAAUAAAAAUAAUUGUGAUUGCAAAGGCAUGAUGCCAAUGGUGCCAGAAGGUCAUCUUGAUCUACAAUUUUGGGAUUAGGGAAAAAAAAACAUCUUUCAGCUAUUGUUUUUAUUAAAGCGGGUAAUCACCCAUUGCUGGCAAAAGGCUGUAGAAUUCUCCUAAUAGCCUAGUCAGUGUCGUAUUGUUCUCGCACUCUUAUCUGGAUUAACUUUGUUGCUAUUGUAACCAGGCCAAAAAUAGAGAAAUAUAUUUACUAUUCUAAAAGGGCAUGGCUCAUUGUGUAUGCUAAUUGCCCUUUCCAAAUGUAUUAAUAGAAAUUGAAGCUAUAAAUGAAUACUGUUUUAACUGAUGCUUGCAUAGUAUUAUUUAAUGCAAAAUGGGAAGUCAUAUAUCCUGUGAUGUUCAUAUAUGAAUUCUUACGGUGGUAGAAACGAGGCAGUCUGUACACGAAUUAGUGUUUAGAGAAUAAAAUGCAUUCCUGCACCUAAAUUGAUUGUAGGUUCUCUAUUUGUGGGCAGGCAUAUAGGGUGUAAGCAGCUACAUAUGACAGACCCAUCCCAUCCGACUACCUAGACAAGAGUUUUUUUUUACCUGGAAACCUUAAAGUUAGUCACAUCGCUUUAUAAUACCGAUGGACAACGAGUCAAAUGUAUGUAGAAUUGUAUGCAGGGGGGGUGUAAUUAAUAUGUAUACAAGGGAUUUAAUUCAAAUGAACACUAUAACGUUAGGAAUAUAAACAUGUAUACCUAAUGCUGUAGUGUUACCCUAAGUAUUUAGAUGUCUGCCUUCCCCCUUCCUGUGAGAGUUUAGAUGGUAGUUUAUACUUAGCUUUGCUGCAUCGCCAUGCUGGACUUGCCAUGGCUGCCUCGCCUCCCUUGCCGAAAUCAUCGAGACUGAGGGUGCGCAUCAAUCUCAUUGAAAAACUAUUUAACAUUGAAUGGGUGGGUGGUACCAGGGGGACAUCAUUCACCAUAAUCACUUUAGUGAGACAAAGUGGUUGGUUACUUUGCCUACAGUGUCCAUUUAAUUAUAAGAACACUAAUUUCAUCUCAAUUAAGUAGCUUGGUUUCAGAAAUCCUGUCAAUUUAACCAUUUAAGGUAAAUAUUACGGUUUUGCAGAAACAAAAUGUUUACUUUAAAGGGUUAAACACACCUCCAAUGACUGUUACAAUGACAGCCAUUGGAGAUGCUUCUGCAGCACUGAUUGUUUAAAACUUGGACACAUAAGGUGGAUGUCCCCGUAGGAAAACAUAUAGAAGUUAAAUCACUUUUGUUUCUGUUUAUACAGCCCUAGCCACACCUCCCUUGGCUAUGAUUGACACAUCCUGCAUUAAAACAAAAUAGUUUCAUGUCCAAUCAGAUGUAACUUACUUACUAUUUCCUGCUCUGUAUACUGAACUGUUUUCCCUCACAAGGCUCCUGCUGGGUCUGUAAGGCUAUGAACAUAUCAGGAAAUAAGAAAUUCUCAAUAAAACAGAAUUUGCAAUAAAGGAAGUGCAAUCAUUAGAUGACUAUUUGCAGGAAGUGUUUAAGAAGACAGCGGAAGUCACAUGGGAGAUGUGCCUUGGGCUGCAUAAACAGAGUGAUUUAACUCUUAAAUGACAGAGAAUUGAGCAGUGAGACCACAGGGACUAUUCAUUAAAACUGAUUCCUUAAGCUAAAGUUGUUUUAGUAACUAUAGUAUCCCUUUAACUGAAAUGUUUAACCCUGACCUGCUUAAAUACCAGCCUGUGUGAAGGAGAAUUCAAUCUUUAUUCAAGGAGUUACUUUGGUACAAUUUGAGACUUCUUAAUGGUCCCAGUGCACAGACAAAUAGAAUGUCAUGUAAGCAGGCAAUAUUAAUUUCUAAGUUUGGGGAAGUAAAUUAAUUCACCGUUAAAAGAACACUGCAGAGUUCUGAUUACAAACAUAUAUCCUUAAAACUACAGUGUCCUAGUGCAUGUUUGGAUUUUAGAAUCAGCCCCACCUUUUUUUGCAGCACCAAGACACACAUAGUUCUGCAGCCCGCCUCCAGCAAAAUCAUCUUGCAAAUAUCGCUUUCACAAUGAUCGUAUAAUAGUAUGCUUCUCAUAGAGGAGCAUUGGGGACAAGGUGUGUGUUGCACGCGUGUAAUCCAAUUUUUCUCAUAGGGAAGCAUUGCAGCUGCUUUUGAUGCUGUUAAGUGUCAAAUGACUGAGAAAGUGCUUCUAAACAGCCCCUAGAAGUCUGCUUAGCCUAACAAUGUAAACCACGCGGUUUCUGCCAAGCAGUUGUGUUUUAUAUUGCAGGGUUAGAACUACAGGGCCACUGCACCAAGACAACUUCAUUCAUUAUGUGGUCUGAGUGACUUUAUUCAUCCCUUAACCCCUUAAGGACACAUGACAUGUGUGACAUGUCAUGAUUGCCUUUUAUUCCAGAAGUUUGGUCCUUAAGGGGUUAAACAUUAAUUUCAUUUUCCUUUUAGAAUUUUCUUCUGAAUAUAAUUAAAUAAGUUCUGUUGCCACAAAACCAUCCAAUAUACCGUAUUUCACUGCAUAAUAGUCUGCAACGCACCCUGGUGUUUCAGUCCAAAAAUUGGUUCAAACUCAAUUCAUCACGUAAUAGUCGCAUAAUUGCUGUUUUUGUUAUUACUGAAAACGAAUUGCUAAUAUCCUACUGAUCGUAUACUGAAGAGAGGGUUUAUUACCUAUUAGUUUAUUGUAUUUAUUGCAUUUCAUCUAUGUAAUGCAUUAAUAAAUGACAGGAUGUCAGGGAUCAGGACCAGAGUUUAUAUAAUGCAUUAGAAAAUAUGCUGUGUUAUGUUAUUAUCAACUAUAAUGUUACCAGCAACUGUUACAAAACUGUUAAAAAAACAAAGCUUUGCAUAUAUAACAUCGCAAAAAAUAAAGCUUCGCAUAAUGGUCGAACCCUCAUUUUUAAGGAAAGGAAUUAGGCAUAAAAUCUGCGACCAUUAUGAGAUAAAAUACGAUAAUUGUCUUAAGUAAGUAACUAAGGAAUGGAAGAUUUAAUUUCAAAUUUGUGUGUAAAAACAGGCUGGAGUGGAUUAACAGCGCACAAUUGUGUUAAAUGGACUCAGUGCCACCUGUGCAUAUCAUAUAACAUUAUUAUUGUAACUUAUAUCUAGAUAACAAGACGUACAAUAAAAACACCUCAUUAUUGUUUAUUUUAUAAACAAUGAAAAUCAACUUUAACUUAUCAACAAUUCACUGUACAGUGAAUCGCACAGGCUAAAUGCUAAAAAUUAACUUGCAUACCAUACCAUCACUAAAAGAGGGUUAGGCUCACUAAGAAGUAGUGUGUUUUUUUGUACAGUUUAAUGAUGAUCCGUUUCAGUUUCCCAUAUCUACGCUUUUGAGAUGACUCUAGUUUGCUGUUUAAUCACGUGAUCUGUAAGAUGAGACUCAAACAAAGGAAAUUAAAUCCAUACUAGUAAAAUAACAGGAGGUGUCUGUCAUGUGUUUAGUAAAGAUUUUAGAAGUGGUCAUGGGGCAAGGGAUUUAUACGUGUAGCAUUUUUGCAUUAAACACUGCACAUACAUGUGCACUUUUGUGCCUGGCUCUGCCCAAGUUAAUUCUGUGCAAAAAUUACACUACGUGCUGGCAACAGUUGUAAACCGCUCCUACCAUAGCAGGCAGCAUCAUUCGCCAGACUGGAAUGAGGACCAGAGAUCAGUGGCGGAUCCAGAGCCUGAUCUCGGCACUUGUAGAUUAUUUAAAGAAAUAAUCCAUGCACAAUAACCACUACAGCUCUGUGUAAAGGUUAUGGUGACAGGAGUGCCAGGACCCCCUCCCAGAGUAAGUAGUCAAACCGUUUAAGAACAGUUUGACAACUUACCUGGGGUCUGCUCGGAAAUGGGGCUGUAGUAGGGCAUAAGAGCAGUGGUGUGUAUGAGCGGUGCAAUGUGUGAGGGGUGCAGUGUGUGUGUGUGUGUGAAAGGUUCAGUGUGUGUGAAUGUGUAGGGUGUGUGGGGCAAUGUGUGUAAUGGUGGCAGUAUGUGUGUGGGGGGGAAAUGUGUGUGUGUGUGUGGCAAUGUUUGUAUGGUGGGCUGUGUAUGUGUGUGUGGGGCAAUGUGUAUGGUGUGUGUAUGUGGGGGGGGCAAUGUAUGUAUGGGGGCAGAGUGUAAAUGUGUGGUGAGGAGGGUAGGGAGGCUUUUUAUAUAAUUUGUUUUUUAAUGUAAAUAAAUGUAUGUCCCCCCUCCCUUGUUACCUUUACUGAGGGAGGACGGGGGACAUUUCUCCAUCACUGGUGGUCCGUGGGAAAUCCCUGGUGGUCCCAGUGGUGAGAGUGAACUCUAGCCCGCAGCUCCAUGGCUAGAGUUCACUCUCGCAAGAUCCAGAGCGUUGCCAUGGUAAUCGCGGCAACGCUUUGUGCUCGCGAGAGAAGAACCCGGAAGAGUUGCAGGCUGAGUUCCCGGGUCCUCUCUCCCUCCCUCCCCUGCCAGCUGCCAGCUGCCAGCAGCCAGCUGCCAGCACGGUGCCUGCGGACCGGGGAGGGCUCUGGUCCGUGAAGGCACAUUGCAGGGCUAGCGUAUGGACAGUGCCAGCCCUGCAUUAACCCACAGGGGAGAGCCUCGGAGGUGGCAAUUGCCCUGUUGCCCCCCCUGGAUCCGCCAGUGCCAGAGAUCUUAAUGUCAAUAGGAUUGUGAUAGAUUGUGUCUGUCAGCACUUAUAGCAUGCUGGCAAACAGGGCUGGUGCAAGGACUUGUGUCUACACAUUCAAAGAUGCAUUUUGCCGCCUUCCCUAAAAAAAAUAUGUCCAUCCCCUUUUGUGUGUCUCCUCUCCCCCUCCCCACCCUCGGCCUCUCUGUUGUGUCUUUCUACCCGACCCUUGGAUCCUCUGUUGUGUCUUUCUCCCCAUAUGUGGGACACCAGAGAGCAAUCCUGGGACAGCAGGGAAGAAGCAGGACUUCAAGUCUGACCUGCUGAACCCAUGAAUGUAGGGAUGUACGGAGCUAUCUAGUCCACCUGCCUUCUUGUUGGUUUGACAUUUUGUAUAUGCUUUAUUUUCACAAGCCUUUUUGUACCUUAGGCGCUUCAAGUGUCACUUGAAUUCACUUGAAUUCACAAAACUAUCCUAUUACUGAAAGCUGGAGACUUUGAGAUUGGAAUAAAAAUAACAUUUUUCUUCUUUACUAAAAUUCAAACUUUCAAAAGUAAUAGAAAAUCGACAGCUGUUGAGAAAGCAUCACUUAGACACAAAACAUGUUUAGCCACUUAAACAUGAUUUUGUCCCUUGUACCCGGUUUGGAUAAGAUUUUUACAUGUUUGUUUUUAUUUGAAAUUUCAGUAAAGACUAGAUGGGCUGAAUGGUUCUUAUCUGCCAUCACAUUCUAUGUUUCUAAGAACAUUUGCGCCUUUAUUAAGAUCGCAGAGUCUCUAUUAUUAUAUGAAAACUUUGGUUCAUUUGAAGGGGUCCUUCAAUUUGCACUGUUGAAACCGUGAGCAGUGAGUACCAUGAUAUUUGGUUUAAACCUUUGCUGUGUAAUGCUGGAUAACAAGUUCUAAUCGCUGGAGUAGAGAUGGACAUUUUAUUUUGUUCUGCUAGAUAUUUCCUGUCCUCCUGCCAUGGAGAUUUAGCAGCCUGAGGAUGAUGUGAAUUGUAGAUUAGCAUCCACUGUUGCAGCUGGGGUUCAGGUUAAUCAUUCCUAAUAUAGGAUAUUUGAUACAUUGUGAUUAAGCAUAUGAAAGGCUUGCACACAGUAAGAUUUGUUUCCAUGGACACUGAUCCAUUGUAUAUAUUCAAUACUGAAAGUGGAAUGUCCCACACACUCUAUUCUAGCCUGUCUAUCGGGAGCAGGCUUACAGUGAGGCCUUCACAUUACACUUAUAAAAAGAACCUUUGAGUUUUUACUCGAUGCAGCCAGCACUAGAGUCCAGCCUUGGAGUGCUGCCAAAUCAAGGAGCACUGAAUGGCUCUGUGUGUUGCUAGUCCCCUGCUAGAUUAUUACAAAACCUUAGUGAAGUAAGCCGUGUCAUCCAUUUAUUUACAGAGAGCAUUUAUGGCCAUCUUUUAAAUUACUGGGGGAGGUUCCAAACCUAUGUUUCUGGUUAAAUUUAACCACUUAUGUGUGAGUACUAGCAGGACGUACAAUGCAUUGCUGUAUCUUUAGGCACUCAAACUGUAGUCACCAGAGACCUCAUGGCCAAUACGACAGUCACGGAAGAUGUCAUUUUUCUGGAGGUUGUUGUCCUGUUCUUCCGUUUCUGGUCUACUCUUAGUUAACCAUUGAAAUGAUGAGACCAGCCUAUUGGUUAAACUCAUAUGCAGAACUUAGUAUAUUGUUGGCAAAGACACUUCAAUCAAAAACAAGGCACGUAAGUUAAAUGUGGGAUGGUGCCAACCAAUCCUGGUUCAAUACUUUAAUUUGGAGUGCAGGGGCCAGUCAAGGACCAGGUAAACCAAAUGCAACUACACAUGAAUCUCUGGGCAAGCAAUCUGUGAGAUUGUCUGUCAUUCCUGCACCCCCCAGGGAAAUUUCCCAAAGAUGCUCUGACAUUCUGCUUGUCUGUCUCCCUCUGUCUGUCUGUCUGUCGGAUGUGUAAACCUUUGGUUCAUGCAAAAAAUCUGUGACGUUAUUUAAAACAUUAACCCUCUAACAACCAAAUACAGAGGAUUCAGUGUAGUGACCAGACACUUAGAUAAGACUUAUAAUAUCAGAGAGCAUGGAAUUUUAGACCAAAGGGGAAAGAUUUAAGCCUAUAUUGUCAGACCUAAAGUUAUCUUUGUCUCAUUCACCUGUGCCCACACAUGGUUAAUUUAAAACAUAUUUAAAGGGAAGUACCUAUUAAAGUCACAAAUCUAAAUAAUUUAGAAUUGAAAACGUAAAUGUUUGCUCUUCUAGAUUGAAUAAUCAAAUAUUGUGCCUGUAGAAACUUGAAGAAUGGGUGAGACUAAUUUAUUUAGCAGAGUGAGAAUUCAAAGUGAAUUUCAAAUUUAAGGGUACAGUAGCCAAACUAAAAGUUAAAGGACCACUAUAGGCACCCAGACCACUUCAGCUCAAUGAAGUGGGCUGGGUGCCAGGUCCAUGUAGGGUUAACCCUGCAGCUGUAAACAUAGCAGUUUCAGAGAACCUGCUAUGUUUACAAUAGGGUUAAUCCAGCCUGUUGUGGCUGUCUCAUUGAUCGCCACUAGAGCCGCUUCCGCGCUUCUCCCUUUGAAAAUCACAGUGAGAAGACGCUGACGUCCAUAGGAAAGCAUUGAGAAAUGCUUUCCUGUGGACUGAUUGAAUGCGCGCGUGGCUCUUGCCGCGCAUGCGCAUUCAGCACGGAUGUCAAAAGAGGGAGGAGAGUUCCCCAGCGCCGGGCUUGAGAAAGGUAAGUGUUUAACCCUUUCAGCCCCCUUGAGCCUGGCGGGAGGGGGCCCAUGAGGGUGGGGGGGGGGACCUAAAGACCACUAUAGUGGUCCUUUAAGCCGGCAGAGAGAAUUUUUGCAGUUCAGCUAUUUUCAUCUUAAAUUUAAAAUUCACUUUGAAUUAACUUACAGUGUGCAAAGGCUUAUUUACUAACGUAGAAUUCAAUGUAUAAAAAGGAAAAGAAACAAGGGAAAUUUCUUAAAGUUUUGCCGUUACUUUAUAUCUAAUUUCCAGCGCAUUUGAUUAAAUCUGCUGGUUUAUGUGUUGUUCCUUUUGCCCCAUAAUUUCUGAAUAUACACUAUUUUUUCAAUGCCGCAAUGGAUUGUUUCUUUUUUAGCACUCUAAAUAUGGCAGUCUAUUGAAAUAGAAACUUUUAUGAAAACUGGAGACAUUUGCUAUAGAGAAAACCGUUAAAUUUUAGAUCAUUUUUAGAGCACUUUAGUACAUUUAAAAUAAUAUCGGAACUUAACCAUCACUUUUCAGAACACCGGGGAUACAUUUCCCCUAACGUGGCUGCAUUCAUUACUGACCUUAACUGUAUCCGAGGCUUUGCAUUUUGCUCUGCCAGUGGAAACCAAACUGCAAAGUCCCCAGGGUAAGAAGCGCAUUUGCUAGCUUCGUUCUCUACAACUCCUGCAACUCACUGAAGCUGGCUAUUGUACAUGAGGUGAAAGAACUCCUUUUUUUUUUUUUAAAUGACCAAACAGUCUGAGUCAUUUAGUCUCCCUGAAACAUUUCUUCAAUUGCUCAUACCAGAUGUAAAUUGAGUUCAAUUUACAUCAGCCAAAAGUACGGGUAAACUUUUCCUGGUGCCAAGGUAAAGCUGAUGGAAUAUAAGUUCACAUUGGUCUCCUCCUAGUAGACAAACACUACUUGUGUUACAGGGAAAUAGGGAUCCCAUCGCUGCUUCAUGUUGCCACAUCAUCACUGCGUCUCUGCGCCUUGGAUUGAAAGUUGAAUACAGCUUGGCAAUGCCCUGAGUUUAUACAAAACACUGACUUGGAGUAAAUUACUAAAUAAAUGGAACAAUUUAGGCAAAAACUAUGGAAACCUUUUUAAACUCCCCUCUAGUCACAAUUUUAGCCUGACUUGUGCAAUCCUGAUUUCAGUUCACUAACGAUGAUUUAGUGAAUUGGGAGAGGAUCGGGGAAGUUUUGCACAGUGUACGAGCCAAGGAACAGCCAUGGAAGUCCAUAGUAUUCCCAUUGCAAAUGUUGACGUAAAAAAGGAGAAAGUUGUUAAGGUAACCCAUUGAACAAUUAUCGGGAUGCUGUUAGAGUGUGGUUUGUAAUAACACUCAUAAUUAAGAAAAACACAGUGUCCAGCACUGUAAUGAUGUAGCAUGCAGUAUGUGUUUAGACAGUGAUGAGGUAUUUGGGUUCAGGAUUAUGACAACCUAAUGCCCCCACACCGUGUGUUUGGGAAGCGAUAAAGAUGUGUAUUUCCUUAAUUAUUUUUAUAAAAUCAGGCCUUCCAAUUGUACAAAUUUUUGUAUCAGGACAGUCCAUUUUUCAAUGCGUUGUCUCGCUUUUCCGUGACCUGUCCCCAGAAAGUGUAGUCUGAGCACAUCAUUAAACAUGCUCACGUUGUGUUAAAGGCCCGUGGAAUUACUUCUGUCUCUGUGUUUUGGGCAUGGUGCGCCCUUUAUGUGUCUAGCCAGCAUGACUGGCAGUAAACAUAGUAUGCAUUAACACCAGGCUGACAUGCCUAUUCUUUGGGUAGAUCCAUCUCCUUUGGGUUACUGCCAGUGAUGCAGUUCGCAGUUAUGGCCUGACUACUGUCACCCUGCCCACCGGAGUCCCGUAAAGCUAAUGUUGGACAAAAUUAUUGUACAGUUCAGCAGGAUUUGGCCAUACGAAAGUGCUCAUAAGUCGUCUAUCUCCACUAAACCAGCUUAGGCUCCCUAACAGCUUGGCAACCCCAAAAUUAAUGGAAAAAUCUUAAGGUAUGGGGAUUUUCCAGAAUUGUUUGCAGAAGAUAAAGAGUGUGUUUGUACCAGAAUAGAUUGCUAGCGAAGCAUUAUUCAUGUUGUACAAUACAAUUUUAUCCAUAUGGAGUGACUCAAUUUGGGUUACCAGAUCCGCUAUGUUUUCCAGAGAACAGAUGUUACAUAAACGUAAGGGUCAGCACCUGGAAAGUACUUUUCAUCUUUGAUUAACAACUUUGAAUUCUACAUACCGCAGGACUUUCCUAGUGCUGAUGAAUAUCAAUAUGUAUAAUAUGAUGGUAGAUCUGGACAUUUUAGCCCCAGAAGAUAUUCUUCUUUGUUAAAAUGUCAGUACCAGACGUGUGAUAAUUUGAUUCACCAUGACCUUACAUAGAAGGUAAAUUGUUCAUGUGUAAAGGUGAGUGUUAAAGGAUUACAUCGAAUUUCGUUUAAAUGAUUGUACUUGCCAAGAAUGCAAAUACAUGUAGUUUAAUUGUUAAAUUGAGAAAGUGCAGAUUAUUUUGGAAACCCCUGGGAUUUAUUCACAAAAUGGUUAUCUAUGACAUAAUUGACAAACAUGGGCAGAAAUACUUUGAAAAUAUUGGUAAACCAAGUAUUUGUUUUUUUUACAUACAUUUUCAAGUACUCUGUUAGGGUAUAAAAAUUCCCUGUUUAGUGAAUGUUUCCCCCCAUGUUCUCCUUGCAAGCAUUGACAUGGAACUGUGAAAUCAAUAUGACAUGAGUUAGUUAGAGCGCAUUCUAAAAUGGUCAAAUGAAUUCUAAUUGUUACCAGAUCUCGCAGGGAAUGAAGGAUGUUCUCAAUGAGCCCUUGAUUGUGCUCGGCUGACUGUAGUUCAACUUUGAUUCAUGCAUUUUAUCUGCAUGCAUCGUAAUGAAUAACUGGUCUAGGUAAUUCUGCCCCAGGAACUUCUAUUUAUUAGUUAUCAGUGAAGUCCGCUUCAAGCUCCAAAUGAUGAAAGGUUGGGGUGGAUCUAUAGGAAAUCAAAACUGCUAUUUUUAGGAUAUAUCAGCUGGUACAUUCAUCCGCUGAGCGAUCACAUUGCUAUAAAUAUAAAGUGAGAUGAAAAUGGAUUGUUUCUAUGUAUAAUAUAUGUCUUGGCAAAUUCUAAAUUCAUGGUAGUGAUUGCUCCGGUUAAAUUAAUUGCAUGUUGUAGGAGCUCUGGGGUGGUUUAUUUAAAAAAGUCUGAAUGGAUCUUGAGGAAUAGCUGAAACUAUCUGAGAGCUCAUUUAUGUCACUCGUAGGCUAAAAUCCAGACUACAAUCACAGUGGCCUUCGUUUACCAAAUAGAGCAAGAUGACUUCCAAAUCAAGAAUUCCAAACCUCAGAUUUUAAUGGCUUACAAUUGUCAGAAUUCUUUGAGUGCAAUAGAUGGCUAGUGAAUCGAGCAGACCUCCCCAAAGUCACAAUUUUGGCAGGAAAGUCACGAUUUCCACACCCUGUUCCAUGGCUUUGGGGGUACCAGCAAGAAUAGCGCAUUAAGCAGGCUUGCUCUAUGCUCAGGGCACAAGGACUCUGCAACACUUAAAACAAUGCCCCCUGCAAAGGCUGCCGUUAGUUGGCUGGCUUGUGGGAUUUACAGGCCACCUGAUGUGCAAUCACACCAGGAUGACCUGCCAGCUAAAUGGGUGGACCAGCCCCCUUUGUGAAUAGACCCAUCCCCUUUGGAUAAAGCCAAUGACACAAAUGCAUCACUGGCCCACCCCAUUUACCCCCUCUUACAGGUAUCCCGAUUCUCUGGAUAUUGGAGUUGUGGGGUAUGAUUAUGGGAAUUGUAGUUCAUCAACAUCCCGGAACUGGCGUGAAACAGUUUGUGAUGCCUGUUUCAAAUGAAUGUGAGGGUACUUUGGCUUUUCACUACAAAUGCUAUUGAAUGGCUUGAAAUAUGUGACUGGUUGGUCCAAAAUUUCAGCUUUCUACCUACAAAUUCACUCCAACCGAAGUUUCAGGCAGAGUGCUGCCAAAUGUAGUAGAAGCUAUCAUUACAAAACAGUGGGAUUUGUAAGAUUUUAUAGCCAAUUCUAUGACAUUAAGAGUUCACUCCAUUAUCUGUGUUUCUGUAAGUUUGCCUGCACAAAACAUGUGAUUUUUUUUGUCUUUGCCUUUUACUAAAUUUGUUCCGUGUUUAUCCAGUUAAAGUUUGGCAUUUUUAAUUAAGAAAAUCAUCUGUAUUACAGGAUUCCCAUGUGACCGUUAUUGAUUUUUAAAACAGGCUCUGACUGCAAAAGUGAAGUUACAUACAUCCGAUGGCAGCGUGCAGUGCGUGUUAAAAACAGUCGCAUUUUAUGCACAGAAUUGACGUACAGAACAGAAUUUCCAGUGGUGUACCUAGCCGUGGAAAAAAAAGUGAAUAUUGAAUUCUAUGGAGUGUUAUUUCUCCCUAGCUAUCUUACUUAUUGAUCAAAUUAAACAGAUUUAUUUUUUUCUUUAAGAACACUUGUUUGUUAUCCAGUAACUAAGGGUCUUACAGAGUUCGGUUUCAUUUUGUAAGAUCUUAUCGAUUUGUGUUAGUGACAUGCAGUGCUUUCAGUAGAUACUCUGCUUCCUGGUUUGUUUUACUGAUCAUGGCUUUAGAAUACUAAAUAACUCGAUAAUUCCAGUGGCGUCACAAUUGGACGGACCGCACCAGGGUGUGCCUCAGGAGGGAGUGACACCAGGGCCGGAGCAUAUUUUAGGGCGCAACGGCUCUGGGGGUGCAGGAUAUGAGUGACCCAGCAGGAGGGAAGCGCACAGCUACUCUGAGUAGCGCGGACCGCGGUACAGGAGCUUCCUGUACCCGGCCGUACUUACAGGAAGUACUUUCUCAGUGAGCACUUUCUGUCAGUCCAGCCUGGUAAAGGAAACAGAAGCUCCUGUACCACGGUCUUCGCCCACUGGCCAACUACACUGGAAGGUAGGAGACAUACAAGGGAGGGGGGAGACCACCAGGGGAGAGACCACCAGGGGAAGGGAUUCUCUCUAAGGGAAAGGGGGCAGGGGAGAGCACUAAGGAGCAUUGGAGAUCACUAAGGAACAGGGAAGCAAGGGACACACAGAGGCUGUCAGGAGGGAGACACACAAAGGAACCUGGGGGUGGGAGGGGAAAGACACACCGCAAACCCUCUCUUUCACACUACACACAUACACAAACACACACACAUAAACAUACAAUGCAUCCCUACUCACACACCGAAACAUACAGUGAAUCCUACACACACACAGAAACACACCAUGCUUCCCUUACACUCUCAGCCUUACACACAAUCCUACACACACACACAAACACCCACCCCCAAUGCAGCCCUUGCACACACAAUGCAUUCAGUAUAUACAAAAAUCAUCCCUUACACACAGAAACACACAAUGCAUUCCUUAUACACAAACACACACUGCUUUCUAUCCCUUACACACAAACACACUGCAUCCCCUAUACACACACACACUACAUUCCGUACACAAACUGGUAUUCCUAUACAUUACAUUCCAUAAGAACACACACACAUUGCAUCCUCUACGAUAACAUAUCCCCUACACACAUACACUCCACUCCCUGUAAGCGAACUCAGGUGUGGGCCAUGUAGAUGGACUUAUGGGCGGGCUUUGUAGGCAUACUCACGGUCAGGCCCAGGGUAAUAAUUCACAUCAUUAGUCAUGGAGGAAUCACGCACUGUUCAACAUGAACUUAACUGUGUCUUGGAAAAAUAUGGGGGAUACACCUCACAUAAUCAAGCCCCCAGAUGAUCCCCUGAAAAUAAUCGGUCAGGACCCCUUACUGACCGUUUAAAAAAAUAAAAGUGCUGGUGGUCCCCUUGAUUAUAAUUAUCUAGAUCCUUCAGAACUUGUUUUUAAUUAGAAUGGUAAGGAAAGAGUAAAAUGAAGUAAUAAAACCAAUUUCUCUGUGCUAAUCCGCUGUGAGAGAGACAUAGUUACCUGAGCCCAGGCAGCUCAAUCAUUGACUAAAUCAUUUUACCAGGCCACCUGUGCUAAUGAAAAGGCAGCUUGUGUUCCUGUAAUGAGAUCCUGGGAAUCUGCUUUGCUGUUGGGAUCUUGACAUCCUGGUAUAUAAUGCGUUGUCAGCCUUCUUUGCAUUCCAUAAUACAGAUGGAGAUUAAUAGAACUUUUAUUGACUUGUAACCGCAAAUGUUUGAUCUGUGUGUUCCGUUCCACAAGUUAUGGUAGGUAAUCAGGAUUUCUAAAUCCACCAGGUUUUUCUGAACCGGGAAAUUAAAUGGAAGGCCAACAUGUGACAAUAGUUUUUCUGCUGUAUGUAGCAUUAAUAUGCUACAUGAUGGAAAUUAAAUAAUCAAGGCAGUUUCCAUGGAAUACUGCUUUGAUUGUGUUUUGUACUAGCCUAGAGAUCAAGUAGGUCCUAUCAGUUUGGAAAAACCUGGUGAAUGUGGCAAACCCACAAAAAAGCCACAUUUAGGUGGGUGGAGGUGGAGUAUACAGUGUUCAACUAAAGCUGGAAUGGUAAUAAAAAUCACUAUACAUGUUGUAGCACAUCAGUGAGCUUAAUUCAUUUUAAACUCUAAAUUGUAAUGAAUUGUAAACAAACUAAAACAUUUUAAACUAAGACUUUGAGUACCAUAGGAACCUAACAUUAUUGUAAGACCAUUUAAAAUAUUGAGUGUGGGGGGAUACCAAUAGUCGGAAUCGUCGCCCCAGGUGCCAACUACCCUAAGUACAAGUGCUGAUGGGCAUUGUCAAGCUGAAUGGGAGUAAUGGCUAUCUUUGAAAAAAGAAUACAGCUCACAGAUCUAAACAGUUAGACGAGUCAUGCCAGAGCUUGCACUGUUGAUAAAAGUUUAUAUGCAUAACUGCUUUCCACCUUUAAAAGGUUACAGUGUGUAGAGGUAGUGAUCCUUAGUUUACUAGAGAGAGAGAGAGAGAGAGAGAGCGCAUAUUGUUUGCAUUGUAUGUUAUGACCAAAAACCUUAAUAUGUUUCUCAAAGGCCUCAAAUUUGUGAUGUGAUUUAAAAAAAAUGUGAAACACAAAAUCCUGCAGUUAAUGAUCUUUGUUUUAUUUUUCUCGGUACAUUUCAAAUGGUGUAUUCUGCCUGCCAUUUGGGAUAUGUUGUAAUAGAGCGGUGCUUAUGGUGCUUAACUCACGCAGGGUUAUUCACUACAGUGAGAAUGUAAAGUGAGCUGAAAUGGAAGCAGAGUUAGGUCAUUUUUCCAGUCCGGCUGUUUUGACCUUAAAUUUGAAAUCCACUUUGAAUUCUCACUUUAGUGAAUAACUAGGACAAUCCUUUAUGUAUAGAGAAAUACAUAAAGGACCAAUGGAUAUAAAAUGGACACAAAAGGAUCCCUUGAGGAAUAUACAACUAAUGUACUACUAGACUGUAUCUACAAUAGGGUAGAGGGUAGUAGGUAGAUGGCGCAAGUAAUGGAGAGUAAAAUAGAUAGAUGUUGUAGUAUAGUCUAUGGGAUUUGAAAUCCAGUAGUAGAGUUCAGGAAAGUCAUUUGGGGGACUGUAUGUAGAAGCCAACGAAAAUGUAGAAUAUGGGAUAACUGCUCCGUAAGUUGAAGAUGUUCUUACACUCCGUAUGUGAAAAUAAGUGACAACUAAUGGUGCAAUAUAUUCAACAAUCAGGUGUUAAUCUGGUAAAAGUCUUAUAUGAUCCUACUCACGUUUUAUAGAGCUAAUGGACUAGCUCUAGUAUAAAGUGCGUACAGUGGUAUAAUCCCCACUUAUAGGAUAUGUGAGGUGAUGUCUUGUCUGAGGGAAGGUCAUAUGUAAUAAAAAGGAACAGCAAUAGUGUUCUCUAUUUGCCCCUGUCCCCCUCUCAGCUCCUGUCCCCCCCUUUCAGCUCCUGCUUCCCUUCCUCAGCCCCAUGCCCCCCCACCACAGCCCCCAUAACAUCCACAAUUGCAACUGAUAACACCCACACCACAGCCCCUUUCCCAAACUGUAGCCAUCAACCUACUUCAGCCACCAUCCCCUACUACAUUUCCUUACCCCCAAUUACAGCUCAUACCUCCCAUUACAGCCCUGUCCACUUACUCAGCCCCUGUCUACUGGCUGGUGUGUGUGUGUGUGUGUGUGUGUAUGAGUAUGUCUGUGUGUGUGUCAGUAUGUCUGUCUGUGUGUGUGUGUGUCAGCCAAUAUGCCUGUGUGUGUGUGUCAGUGUGUCUGUCUGAGUCAGUAUGCCUGUAACAGUGUGUCUGUAUGUGUGUGUGUGUUUGCGUGUGCCUGUCAGUGAGUGUGUGUUUUUUAUUGUGUUUCAAAUUUGCAAGUGUUUGUCUGCCCAUCAGUGAGUGUGUUUGUUUAGGUGACUGCCCCCCCCCCCCUUCAAUCACAUGGGAAAGGUGUUUUUAUUCUCCUCUUGGUGCAGUGGGCAACUGGACUGGAUUUGCCCCCCAGGCCUAAGGCUUCCAGCCCUCCCCUUCAUAAACCCAUUAAAAAGAGCCACAAUUGAAAGUUCUGCAUAGUAGCAGGUGGGGGAGACUCUAUUGUAGACUGGAUGGGAUAUUGGCCAAGGAUGAUAGGGAUGAGAGUGGGAGAACCUAAUCGGGUUGAAAACUGUAGUGAACCAGUAAUGGUUGUAAUGAAAGGGAGUAAUAAGGCCCUAUAGAUCAGCACCACUACUGUGGGUAAACUGUAUUCAAUUAGAAACCAGGAUUAACAAAUAUAACCAGUGUAACAGUAAAUCCAAACAGACUGCUAUCUGAGACCAGUGUCCAGUGGGCUAUGAAUGGCACCUUUAAAAAGGAAAAAAUAUAUGCAACAGCCUCCUAUAAACUAACAAGAUAAGAUUCGACUUCAAUACCGCUGACUAAAAAAAUUUGCAAAAGGAAGAAGGCUUGAUACUGCCAAAUACUUAAUGAACUUAAAAAGUUCAUAUAAACUUCUCACUAUAGAUUCUCCAAUCCAACAGCAGGAUUCCCUCCAAAUACGUCCACACACAGUUUAUCUAGAGCUCUCAAAAUUUCCCCAUAUCUUCCUGCUAACUACAUACCCAUUGUGCAAGCAAACGUGAAGUGAUUGAUUUAAAAAGAAAAACAGCAAGCCGACGGGCUACCAAAGCGCAUUCGUCUGGGGCAUUCAAAAGAGUUAUUACUUGGGUCUCCUUAAAUCAGGCAGAAACUGCCAAUCACGUGAUGGCCACAACCAAUAGCGGCUCUGGGGGGCGUAUAUUGAUUAUGCCAAUCUAACAUCUUAAACUCCGCCCCUAACAUACCGUCCCUUCAAUCCUUUAUGUAAACUCAAACAGCUUGCGUCAAAAUGAAAAUUUAAAGCAGUAAAAAAAAAUCAAGGGGUUUAUCCACUAAUGCGGUGGUCAGAAACCUUUGCACGGUACUCAAGGCUGCAGUCCCACUGAGAUUUCAGAUAUCUGCUAGCGCUAAAUGAGCCGUGAUUGCAGGGGGUGAGGGGAAAUCCUCAAUUUCCGCAUUGCAGCACUUAGAGGAAGUGAUGUCAGAUCACUUCCUCCCAGCACAUGUGAACGGGAAUCCGCACUGGAGUAUAGCAGCCCAACACAGCUAUUGCAACUCGUGUCCUUGACCUGUACCGGGCCAGCUCUAUCCUCAUUGGAUUCCAGGAAACCCACCCACACUGAUAGAUGUUCACCAAACUGCAAAAUAAGCCUCCCCCUCAUACAAAUAAUACAAACAGCACAAACACACACAGUCACCACAAAUAUAAAACCAUUAACAAUCUACAUGCACAGAAAACUACUCCAGACACACAAUUCCACAAACAGGCCCCAUAAACAGCCCAUAUUCAUAGGUAUCAUUCACAAAACCACAAACUACUCAUGAACACAUACUAUAUAACAGCCCACAUACACACAAAUACAACCCUACAAAGCAACUGAGAUAACACAAGCAGAACACACACCUCAGUUUAAAAAAAUAAAAUAGGACCGGCACAUUAAGGGACUUCAACAUCCUGUUUUGGCACAGUAUUACUAAAAGGUUGCCUACCUGUGCACUAAUACACGAGUUAUAAUUCAACAGUUAGGAAAAAUGGUCUUUUGCAAAAUGGCUAUAUAAGCCUAAAGUUUACAACUCAGAAUUUAGUUAAAGCGACACUGGGGAAUUCCCAAAGACACCAAGGGUGACAUCGACACAGGGGUCCAGUAAAGGUGAUAUUUACUUACCUGAACCUUUUCCUUGCAGGCGCCACCAUCUUCUUCUUGUGGCCCUCUUCAGUUCGGGUGCUUUGUCUCAGUAUAUCUCUUGACUGUGUUGGAAUUCCCCAUACAUCCAGGUUAGAAAGGGGAUUUACUUACCUUUUUCCUGCGCCACAGAGGACAUCUUGCGUAUGGCCCCACCCCCGGUUCACCUCCUUGGCUGAACUCAUCAGAUUUUCCCAUUAGAAAGCAUUGCAUUGGCUGAGAUUGUCUGUUCUGAUGAUCUUUGCCAAGGAGGCAGGGUGAGGAGGAAGAGCCAAACAUCGUCUUGGCCAAUCAACAGCUCCUUAUAGAGAUGCACUGAAUCAAUGCAUCUCUAUGGGGAAAGUUCAGCAUCUCCAUGCAGAGUGGAGACCCUGAACGUCAGUGCUGCACCUCUUGUAGCCAUCUGAGAAGUGGCCAGUGCAGGUGUCCCUAGGCUGUAAUGUAAACACUGCCUUUUCUCUGAAAAGACAGUGUUUAUGUUAAAAAGCCUGCACUGACUGACUAUACUCACAAGAAGAACUACAGUAAGCUCUGUAGCUGUUCUGGAGAAUAUAGUGUCCCUUUAAUUGCUACACAGGUUUUAACACAAUUCCAAAAUGUGUUUAUGCCAUUGAAUCACCUUUUAUGCCUUGAGUCAAGGUUGUGUGACAUUUUUUGUUCUCCUUUCCAUUCCCAGAUAUGAUUGUAUCUAUAUAAUAAUACAAAUGUAAAAAAAAAGCAUGGUGCACAGAUUCUAGAUUGUAAACAUGUACAAGCAGGUCCCUCAUUCUUUGCUUGUGCUAACAUUUGUAAUAGAUUUUCUUAUUUACAAUUAUAUCCUCAUCUAACUGUACAGUGCUGCACAAUAUGUUGGUUAUAUGAAUACCAACAAUAACAAUAAGCUAUCACAAGGAGGGGUGACUGAUGUGAAAAAGUUAUCAAAUUUUGGCCAACGUAUUACUUGAGCGACUGUGGGCAAGAUGAUCCCAAACCACCUACAUUCCUACUGGCCCAGAAAGUCAUGGUGCAUCACCCAACUAGGCCAUGGUUUUAUAAUAGGGAAUGUAGAUUAACAAAGGUAUUGUGGAAGGGGAAACAAGGAAUUUGAUUGGUGACUUGACAAGGUGUUCUCACCAUCGUAGACUUUGUUUCCAUUGGGGUUAAUUUAUUGUCCGUGCCAUUGAAACUGUAGAGUGGUCAGGAACCUGUUUGACUACUCACAAAACCUGUCAAAGUUCAUGCAUUGUCUGCACAGACUCACACACAUGAUCCCUCUGCAAAUCUUGAACUGUGUUGUAUGGAUGUUCUGUUAUCAGUGGGACAUUUUUUACAAACGUUCUCAAUUCUUCUUCAUAUAGAGAUGCUAUUAGCUUUGACAGGUGACAUCCAAGGAAUGCAGUUAUGUUGUCUGUCCCCAUUUUUUUUUCAUUUAAUCUUAUAGGGAGCAAGGACUAGGCAGGUCUGUUUAUAUCUUGACAUGCUUGGCAUAAUUUUGGUCAACAUUUACGUAGAUCACUACAUCUCAACAAGGUGCUCUGGGUGCAGUGAACCUGUAACUUUAACCCUGCAAUGAAAAAGAUUUCCCUUUUUUUUUUUUUUUUUUACAAACUACACUGUUUACAUUGCAGGGUUAAACACACAUCUAGUGGUGCUUCCUCUGCAAUACCCGCGGUUCAAUCAGUCGUGUAAAGUUUGAUGUCAACAAAUGCAGCUCAUAGGGAAACAGUGGAUUCAAUGCUUCCCUGUGAGAAGCAUUUAACUGGAUGCAUACAGAGCUUGCUGCACAUGUGCCCCUCAUCGAGGAAGUGAUGUCUCCAUGAUGACUUAACAGGAGGAUGAGUGCUAGAAAAAGAGAAAAGUAAAUCCUUUUUUAUCUUAAUUUUUUUACAGGUUAAUAGGGGUGACCUGAAUCGAACUAGGAAAUAGGACAGUAUAGCAUUAGAAAUACAUGUUUGUUAUACUAAGGCUUGCGUGUUCUUUUAAGAGUUUAAUUUUAUACAAACCAAAAAGAAGUCACGCGCGUACAACCAAAAUCCUCUUUCUAAUAAACAAUGUAUCAUUCUCUGUUUAUUUUCUUGAUGAACUGCUCUUCCGACUUUUCUUUCUACACAUUUAAUCCUAUAAUUGAUAAUGGUCUAAUAAUAAUGCCUCGAUUCAAUAUUUUUAGAUAAGCUCUCAAUUAUUUAAUGUUGUUGCAUAAACUCAAAUUAUAUUUUUAAAUAUAUUAAUAUUUUCAAAAAAUAUAUCAUAUAUAUAACAAAUAUGUUCAUAUAUAAAUAAAUAUUAAAACAUAUUAAAAUAUUACAUCAUUUUCAAAGUUUAUCUAAUAUUUAAAUAAUAUGAAAAGUUUAUCCAAAAAUAUUAAAUUGAGGCCAGUGUUGGCACUUUGUUGUAUCUUGCUGAACCAAAAAAACGUUUGUUUUGGGGAAAAAUGUAUCAAAUUAGAUGGGUACAGAUAGUGAGUUAGAGACGGAUUAAGAGCGUGAAUAACCUUGUUUGUUAUAGUCUCAUAUUUGGGCUUGUGAAAAGGGGAUGUGUUCAGGUGCAUGUACAAAUACAAUUCAGUAUACAGUGCAUCACCUUGCUCCAGCAGUAGAACUUCACAAGAACAUUCUAAUGCAUCAAUAAGUGUUAUUUUUUUAUUUUUUUUAUAUUUUGGUUCAAUGACCUUUAUCAAGAUAGUGCUAAUUCUCACUAGGUUGGAAUUCUUCCUUUUCAGGUGAAGGACAUUGAACUUAACCAUUUUGGGUCACACUUGUGUUUUACUGCCACCCUUUUAACGGAAUGUAAAGGUGAAGAUUCACUUGUAAAAACAUUUGGAUUAACAAUGCUAUCACAAUUUAUGAGUUUUCUUAUUAGGUCAAUGCACAUGGUCUAAAUAUGAACCAUUUUCUUUUGCUCUGUACUUUUUUGUCAUGCCACCAUAUUUAAAAAAUAGAAAAAUGCAGCAUGUUCACUUAAAUACACAUUCGGUUAUAAUAGGAUGGGGGGAGUGGAGGUGGGGGGGGGGAGGAGAAGGGUAAAGGUAGACCCCCAUCUAUAGAAAAACUUAAAAUUCCUUUUCCAGCCUCAAGAAUGGCACAGCAUCAAGGGGUAGAUGUAGUUCGUCAAUAUCUAUGGAUGUAAAACUGACUGUUCUGAAGGAAGUAAUGGCAGAUUAUUAUUAUUUUUAUUAUUGGUAUUUAUAUAAUGCCAGCUUAUUCCACAGCGCUUUACAAUAAAGGGGGAAUUUACCAAAUGAGACCAUAACAAAAUGUAACAGGAACAAUAGGUAGUUGAGGACCCUGCUCAAACAAUCUUUAAGUCUAGAGGAGGUGGGAUGAGUCCCUUGUCUACAAAGAUGAAUUCCCUUCCCUGAAUGGGAGGUUUGCAACCUUCUAAUAUAUAUAUAUAUAUAUAUAUAUAUAUAUAUAUGUAACAAAAGUAGCAUGCUAUUAGAUGCACAAUAUAGUAUUCUUCCAUUUACAGCACUCAUAAUGCCAUCAGUUUGCACUUUGCCCCAGGUCAAGGAACUAAGUGGUAACUUCUGAUCUGUACACACACACAGAUCAGAGUUUACGAUCAUGAUAAGAUCAUUGAACUCUGUGUUAAUGCCCUAAAUCCUUUAAGAAACAUCUCGAUGAGCAACUCAAAGGGCUGGAUGUACAAUUUACAAGGGGAAAAGAAGGGUUCAGAUAACAUUUUAUAUGGAUCCUUAACACAUCGUUCACCUUUUACAUAAAUUUUUUUUAAACUAUGCCUCGUAUUACGUGUUUAUGUGUUGCAGAGGUCAGUGACCUAGGUGGCAUGUGAAAAGAUUGCGUCCCCAAAAAAAUGAAAAAAUUCUGUUUUAAAUUCUUAUCUCACGUCGAUUGUUCAAAUCAUAGCAGUAUUAUUUUAGUUCUUUAGAGUCACAAUACGUAGCAUAUCUUCCCAAAAAUAUGAUGACCAUUUAUAAGUUGCUGAUUAAGGUAAAAUAAUAAAAUAGGUGUGCCUUGGUCCAAAAAAGAUUAGGAAUGACAGAUGUAGACCCCAGCAUUUGUUAAUGUUUUAUUCAGUGUCCUGGUGUUCUGAAAAUUGCACACUCAUUCAGUAAAAUGCUAAAAGUAUCUCUAUGCUUAGGUGAAGCAGGAGAUAGGACUUAUUUGUCGGGCUUGUCCGGUUCAUCCAUUGGAUUUUAAAUAUAAAAAAAAAUUCCUAAUUCAACUUCUAAGACUAAAGUAGCUGCUUCAGUUAUUGCAUUCCUUAAUAUGUAGAAUAUUCUGUAAUCUUUCCUUGCAUCCUAAUGCAAUAGAAGUGACUUAUUUUAGUAUUCGAGGGUCAUCACCUUCAAAAAUGUAAACCGUUCUUGAAAGAUUCUAACUUUAACCCAUUUUUACAUCCAUGUGAUGCGGAUUGUUAGUUUGAUGAUGGUUUGAAGAACAUGCAAAAGAGUUCAUGGUGUUGUCUUGGCCUCCAAAUUCCCCAGAUCUCAAUCCAAUUAAGCAUCUAUGGGAUGUGCUGGAGCAACAAAUACUAUCCAUGGAGGUCCCACCUCGCAACUUGCAGGGCUUGGAGGAUCUGCUGCUAAUUUCUUGGUGCCAGAUACCACAGGACACGUUCAGCGGUCUUGUGGAGUCCAUGCCUCAAUGCAUCAGAGAUGUUUCAGCAGCACAAGGAGUACUCUAAAUGAUAUUAGGCAGGAGGUUUUAAUGUUGUGGCUGGUCAGUAUAUAUGAUAUUCUGGAAUAUCAAAAAAUACUUUUGUUUCGAGGGGGCGGAGCCUGGCAUCCAUGCAGGAUAGACGUGUGGUGCUCGAGCUCCCGGGCUUUCAGCACUCUUUGGGGUGAUAACCCCGAUUAAUCGGACGUACCCUGACACUGGGGGACACUACCGGGAAGCCGAGCUCGUGUGAUACGCACAGAUACCUGAAUCUAGCCUGUAACCCUCGGGAGACCUGAGCCACGCUGCUGCGGCCUACUGGGAGAGGGCUGGGGAGAGGCGGCCGAUCUCCUCGCCUUGAAAACCCCCAUUUGGCUCGGCAGCGAUCCAACCCCCCCCCCGGACCGGUGGGGGAUAUCCCGGUCCAUACCGAACACACUGGGGCAACAAGCACGGCGCCAGUCUCCUGCCACAGACUGGCUCCCGGAGGAACGUCUGAUACACCAAGCCACAAAAUGGCGGCUACCUGCUUGCCGACCACGAAGCACUUACAACCCUCCAUAGAGAAUCAACGCAGCCUGGAAUCUACACUGCAGCGCCUGGAUGACAUUUUUCAGAGAUUCUGGCGGAGGAUCCUGGAGCGGGAGCAGACAGUCAUGGCUGAGAGGGAAAUCUUUCCUAAGAGCACAGAGCAGCCGAGAGGAAACAGGCCUCCCCCGGGCAAAGCACACAAGCCUGCGCCCACUCACUCGUCUGCUCGCCCGCCCGGCUGAGAACCCCUCAGGGCACAACCCCCACGCUUCAGGCGCCAAAGCGGAGGAUCACCCGCCGGCACAGGCGCAUAAAACCUAAACCCACUACUCACCCAGAGAGAAGGAAGAGCCUGGCUCCAGCGAACACCAGAGUCAGCAUAAAAACAAAGCAGGCACUCAUCCAAGCCUGGGGCGGAAACGAAGUCUUGCAUCGUUAUGCCAACACCGAUCACCGGAAUGCUCAAGCACAACCCCCACAUAUGCCACAAGCGGGGAUCGGAUGAACCAGACGCAGCACAAGCAUCGCUCCCAGGGUGGGGACCACAGAGUUGUCUCCUCUUGGACUGGCACUCACAAUACCACACUGCCUGCUAUUAUGUUCUGUAAUCAUAUCAUUACUGCUUCGUUUUUUUUUUUUUUCUCUCUCCCUCUUUCCCUUAUACUUUCCUUCUCCUGCCAAUAACACGAGGGCGAUGCUAACUAUUUACUGUUUACUGCUCCAAUUUUGAGACACCCCGGAGGCCAGUGGUCCCAUACCAUCUGACAACCUAGAGCCCACGCCAGAACCCAUCAUUAGCCUGGUAUAACCUUGCUGUCUCACUGCUUUAACCCAGUACCUAUAGCAUGUCUCACAAUCUAUGUUACAAACUUUAUAUACCUACAUGUCUUUGAACUUGCAUGCAUAGACUAGAAGAUCUCGCCUAGAAUCUCCUCUAGACAUGUUCUGCCUAGCCUGUACUUAUCACCAUAAAAAAUGUGUAGUAUAAUCAAAUGCCUUAUAACUGUUAUGCAUUGCUCAGCUCAUUAUCUUGCCUUUGCUGUUGGGGCACUGCAAGAAUGUCUGUCACUCUCAUGCACACAAAAAUAAAGAAUAAAAAUAAAUAAAUAAAUAAAUAAAUACUUUUGUUUCAAUAAAACUUGAUAAAAAAAAGUAAGAAAGUAUUAAUGGAACUGUGAAUUAAAACUCAAAUUAUUUAUCAAAGGAUAAAUUAACUUUUAAUGUUCUUUAAAGUUAUUUUAUGUAAAUGACCCAAGUGAUGCCCUGUUCUCUGAAGUCAACAUUUUUGUUUUUUGUUUUUUUACUGUGUCAUCACCAUAAACUUUUAAAAUACAGCAUAAUAUGAAGAAACAGUAAUGGUUUUAGAAUUAAAAUAAUUUGUUUUAAUGCAUUUAUAUUUUUAAAUAAAACAUUAUUCUAGGCAUCAUCAUGUUUAUAUAAACCAAAACAAAAAUUUUAUGUUUUGGACUUGGUGUGCGGUACUUGUAGAAGUUGUUGACCAUUUCUGGGAAAUAUCUGGCAGUGCUGACCCACUAGUUGCUAGGUCAUCAGAUGAUAUAAGUACGCCAGUUAAUAAAUACAAACUUCAAACUGUGCCAAUGAAUGCAACCCUAAAGUGUGUAUUUUUCGUAAUCGUUACUAAAUCAAACCAUAAUAUGGAACCCCUGGUACACCAUCAGUUUUUUUGUUUUUUAAAUAUUAACUAUUUAACAGAUCUUUGUGAUGUUUCAAUUUAGCAUUUUGCUGUUUGUAGUAGCCAGUAUUUGUAGAAGCUCCAAUAUUAUUACAUAUAGGAAUUCUGUAGCUUGUAAGUGUUUAAUAAGGAGCUUUUCAGUAUCCAAAAAUAAAUUGAAACUAAUAGAUUCUGCAAAAGUCUAAAAUAUGAUCAAAUAAAUAUGAAUGACAAUUUGUGAUCCUGAGAUUUUGUUUAUUGACUGUGAUACUCUGAAUGUUUAGGGGAUGUUGAGAUGUCAUCCAUCCAACAACAUGAAAAUAAGCACAACAAUACAGAACUCCUAAGUAAGGAACAACAGGUAGCUCUCCCGCUAUCAUGUAACUUCCGCUCCCAUGGUGCUUUGAAUCCUAGGCUGGCAAAGCACCAUGGGGAAUGUAAUUAAAUGCUGACCAUCAAGCAACCUGAAACAAAACCAUUAUUUGUGUAGAUUACAAUCUAUAUCAUACCUAAAAUUUGCUAAUUUAAAAUGUAGGUUUCCAUAUUUUUGCUUUACUAAUAACCAGGUAAAUACAAAGAUAAUUAAAACACAGUAUGAUAUACGUAAAUAGAGGCAACCAUUUUUAUUUAAAAAAAAUAAAAACAACAACAACCCAAAAAAUCCCAGCAGUUUGAUUCAGUCUCGGUGAAGUCACCAGGCAUGAUAACUUUUGUCCAAUCAAAUGCUUCUCAUGGAGAACCAUUGUGGACAUACAGAGCAAGCUUAGCUAUUGGUGCGUUCCACCAAAAGCAUUGGUCUUUACAGAGAAACAAUGCAUGAAUGUCCAAUGUCCACAUACUUUGCAUGCUGUUGUAGACCUAAAUUAGAGUCAAUCAUUAAAUCUAUUUUACACUGAAGUCACUGAUGGCUUUUUGAUUGACUGUAGAUUACUAGACAGUGAUUUUUUUUAAAGUUUAAACUGUCCCUUUAUUGUACAUGAUGUUUUCAGCCUGGUAGCAAUCUAAUCCUGAAAUGAUACCAACAUUUGGUUGGUAGGUGGAAAAGAGAGAAUUUUUUUUUUUCUGCAUAGAAUGUCCCUUGGCACAAACCCCUUGCUCAGAGUCUUAACAGUGAAGGUUACUUUGCCCUUGCGUCUUCUGAACCAUUUUUCAUGGAUGGAGGGUUGAAUCUUACCCUUUGAUGAGUUCACACAUAAAAUAAACUUUUUACAAUGUGUUCAGUGACACAAACAGUUCAAUGAACUUCAAAGAGAUUAAUGAACUCCAUCUUAGUGCUCUUAACACUUUGAGAGUAUGAGAGCUGGUUGAGUCAAUGCUUUAGAUGUGAAUUUUAAAAGAUCAGAUAGCAUAUUAAGAUAUGUGUGUUUUAGAACUUACUAUAUACAGGUAGGUGCUUUAUUAUUAUUAUUAUUAUUAUAUUUAUAUAGCGCCAACAAUUUCCGUAGCACUUUACAAUGGGUGGACUAACAAACAUGUAAUUGUAAACAGACAAGUUUGACACACAGGAAAAGAGGGGUUGAGGGCCCUACUCACUGAGCUCACAUGCUAGAGGGAGAGUGACACAAAAGUGACACAAAAAGUAAGGAACGUAUAGGGAAGUAGAUUGGUAGAAUAGUGUUCACUGAAGAUUUAGUGUGGGGAUUUUUUUUUUUUUUUUUUUAAUGACAGUUGCAGGAGAUGUGACAAAACAUGUGAUAAACCACACCAACAGAACUAAAAAAUCAACAACAGGAGAGCACACGCAAAAGCUAGCCUCUAUGCAGCAAACAAUCCUGGGGCUCCAAAAGCAGAAUGAACUAUAUGACCAUCGUUUCGCUACGAUGGAGGAAAUGCGGCACAAGAACAAUCUAAAAAUAAGGGGCAUCCCAGAGGACAUUCCCAUGGAACGGCCACAUAUGUUGAGACGACUCAUGGAGGCAUUGUUAUCCCCGCGGCAGGCCAAGUCAAUGAUUCUGGAAGACUGCUUCCGCAUCCCUAAAUCGCCAAAGGCCCCUGCAGCAACUCCGCGAGACCUGAUAGUCCGCUUCCACAAUGGCAGGGAUAAAGCAGCAGUUCUCACGGCCCUCAGCUUUUGAGGGAAUGCAACUCACCUUUUAUCCUGAUCUCUCAGGAGGAAACCUGGCGUGGCAGAGGUCCCUCAGACCAUUCACUGCUCUCCUCUGGAAGAAAGACAUCCAGUACCACUGGCAACUGACUCGUAUGCUGUUGAUCCUCCACAGAGACGCCCGAUACGAUGUCCACAAUAUGGCGGAAGUAACUGCCUUAUUGGUCACACUAGGACUCCUGAUGGACUAAUUGACACCAGUCAGUCCUCGAGUGGCCGAACCUGCAGUCCACCAUUGGGACCCAACCAAAGUGACGACAUUUGUCCCGCGGAAACCCCCACCGGCUACUUCUGCAGCGGUCACCACUUGAAUCUCUGACUGAGUCAUGUUAUACCUUCUUACCUCAGCCAUACUCUGUUAUGUAUAUAUGUUUUCUCAGUUUACUUCACACAGUACGGUUAGCUCUCAACACAACACUGUAGCCAAUCCUCACUUUCCCUUCAACCGGUCACCCAAUCACAUACUUAUACCCCACUGCCUGUGAUUGUGACACAAGCCGGAUACCGCAUGCAACUCCCUAGCCAGGUGUUAAACUCCCAGACCCAACAAUAGACCUAACAAUAACUUUGUACACCCCAAAUAUAGGAUUAGCAGAUGGGUAGUGUGGUCCCUACACUAUAGUCUAACAUAAGUUAUUUAAGCUGUUAUAUAAAAAAAAUUAUAUUUGCUCCAUUAUGAGGCUGGACACCUAGGUGUUCCUAUCUUCAUACUCUUUGUGUGUUGGACUUACUUUUUGACUAUUCUAAGUUCUGUAAUGCCACGCAUACCUUCUUCGAUCAAUGCUACAUCACUUUUAUUAUAAAAAUGUGCAGUACCUGGCACAAAAUGAAGAAUUACUUUUUGGAAACAAAUGUAUUAAACAUUAUCCUUCCAAAAUGUUUUGCAUAGAUUGUCCUUGGAGCAGUGAUGUCUAGAUUGUUCCAUUACUGGUCACCCAUUAAUUAACAAAUUUGAUUGUCAUCAGAGUCUGAAUUUGAGAUAUUUUAUUAUAGCGGGAGCCUAUUAUUAUUAUUAUUUAUAAAGCACCAACAAAUUCCGCAGCACCGUGCAAUAGGGGGACUAACAGACAAGUUGAACGCACAUGAAUAGAGGAUGUUUAGGGCCCUGCUCAAACAAACCUUCAUUGUUCAUUACCUUGUUGGCCUACCUGUGCUGGCUACAAACGAUCUAUUACUGAUUAAUAUAUGAUUGCUUUGCACACAAUGCAUAUAAAAGAUAUAAAUACAUUUUAAUAUAUAACUCUAUUGUAUCUUGCUAAUCCUGGGUUCUUUUGACGAUACUGGGCAUUCUUUACCAUCAAAACGAUUAUAGGUCCAUGCAAGCUCCCAUCAGCCUUGUUGCUUUAAGUUUUUAUUAUUAUUUAUUUGUAAUUGUUAAUUUCCAUAUGAUGCUUCAUUUUCUAUUAAACUUCUAUUUAACAUUUGAAAUCCAAGCAUAGCCAGGAAGCUAAGAUAAAAAAGCAGGAAGUUGCAAGAUAAAAAAAAGAGUGAAUUUCUACAUGUAAUAUUAUUUUUCACAUCUCAUAAACACAUAUUUGCUAAAUACAAGGGAUAAGUUAAGAAAAUAUUACAAAUCCUAUGAACAGGCCGUUCCACUGUAAGUGCUUACUACAGCCUAGUUUCCUAGAACUUGGAUUACUAUAGAAAUAUUAUAUUCUGCGAAUUUUGUAUUUACCUUAUGUAACAAAAAUUUAGAGUGAUAGUUCACUUUAGUUAUCAGUUUGUCCUUCAAAUUGUCUUUUGUUAGGUUUGUUAGCAGUGUUUUCUAGAAUCGUGGUAACACCAGUUCAAUGAACUCAUAUGCUGCCCUUGACCUCCCCAAGGAUUGGCCACCUUGACUUUUGAAUACAAUGUUUACAAGGCCAAUGUGGCUUAGAUAACAUGCUGAUAUACGUCUUUGUAUAAACUCUGUUCAUCCAUGUAAGCACCUGUUACAAUUGCCUCACAUCACACAGAUUACGUUUCUCCAUUAAUUUACACACUUAUAUUAAAGGUCAUUUGCCUUUAGAGUAUUACGGAGUGAACCGGAGGAGAAACUGCUAUUUGUUGAACUUAUCUUUUUUAUUGUGUGUGUGUGUGUAUAUAUAUAUAUAUAUAUAAAAUCUUUCUUUCGUUUAAUAUUUGACAACUAUACCAAAGCCACACAAAUAGCCUACUUCUGACUAACUUUGCCUUCUGUUUAAUACAGGGUCAUGUACAAAGGUCUACAAAUGUGGUGUAUCAGUCCCACCACGUGAGCAGGAGCAAGAGAGGACAGGUUGUGGGCACCAGAGCAGGCUUCCGUGGCUGCACAGUUUGGCUAACAGGUACACUAAGUAUAGGAUGCUGUGAAUAUUAUCGCAAUGAUUAAUGUACAUAUAGAGUUUAUAGAGAAUGUGGAAAUUUUACAUCUGCACAUUUGUCAUAAUCCAUUUGUAAUGAAUCAAAUAAAUAAACGCAGAUAAAUGAAAUAUACAGAAUGUUGGUAGACGCAUUGACAGCUUUAGGGAUUUGUUACUAUGCUUCGAGUGAAUUAAAGUUGAAUUUGUGAUAUUUAAGCUAAAGUAGCUUCGCUGCAAAAUAUAUCUUUCUGUGCUUUAUUUCCAGUCUUAUAUUAUUCUACAUUUAUCAAAUUUGUUUCAAGUCAUCACAAUUCAUUGCUUUGUGAAUAAACUCCUAGAGGAUUUAUUCAUUAAACGAACACUAUAGCAUUUGGAAUACGCACUUGUGUUCUCCGAUUUAUUUAGUUUCAUGGCUCCUCUUAAAUCUAAAUAAAAUCUGGAGAAGGGGUAUUUACUCCCCCGGCAUUGAAAUAGAGUCUGUGCAGCUGCAUUGGGGACGUAAAGUGUGUGUCGGCCAAUGCUGUGCUCCUACUGGAGGUUAGCUCUGAAAACCAAGCUUGAUUCGGUUUCUACAGCGUAAGUGCCUCUAGUGGCUUACAGUUAGAUAGCCACUACAUGUGUAUUUAACCUUGCAAGUAAGCAUUGCCAUAUGUACUAAACAGCAAUGCUUCACAUUGCAGGGAUAAAACUAAAGGACCACCACACCCAGACAGCUUCAUUGAGAUAAGAUGGUCUAGGUGCCUUUAGUGGUCCUAGACAAAUAAAACAAAGUGGUAUUUCCAUCAUAUUUCCCAUUGUUCUGAUAUGUCUAUGAUCAACAUUCUCCCACGCAUUUUAUUGAUUGUGUCUUGUAUAACCUCAAUAAAAAUUGAUUUAAACCAAUGUCUUGGUGGUGACCUGCUCCCAUUUAGUGGUGUCUUUUGGAACUUUGUUCAGAAUAUGUGGGUUCUCUCACCUUAGUGAAACUUCAGUGAACUUUCAGCAACUAUUUUUUGUAAUGUCAUGUCUUUUAAUUUUUGUGCUAACAAAAUCUCCACGGAAUAUGAUUACAUUUUAAUGCUCACUAGAAGAUUAUCUUUUAAUACAAGCAUUUGCUGCUGGCAAGUACACUUUAGCACUAGUUCUAUAAAGUAGAUCUCCCUUGGAAAAUGUAUGUUUUUUUGUUAGUGUAUUCAUUUGUUUUGUUUUUGCUUUGAAAAUCAUCAGGUUUUUUUAAAUGCUGCAGAAUUUGGGAAAAUAUCAUAUUAUGUUUUGUUACAGGCUUGUCAGGAGCUGGUAAAACCACUCUGGGCUUUGCCUUGGAAGAGUACCUUGUGACACAUGCCAUUCCCUGCUACUCCCUGGAUGGAGAUAAUAUUCGGCAUGGUCUGAAUAAGAACCUGGGUUUCUCCAAUGAAGACCGAGAAGAGAACAUCCGACGUAUCGCUGAGGUUGCAAAGCUCUUUGCAGAUGCAGGCCUGGUUUGCAUCACAAGCUUUAUCUCGCCGUAUACCAAGGUAACUAGUGUUUGUUCGGGGCAGUCAAACUGAUUGGUCUAUCCCAUAAUUUCAAGAAAAUCAGCUAGUCCUGGGAAAUUUUGUCCUGGGACAGCGUUAGUAUAUUCAUACAUAGAAAAUUUCCAAGGUCCUUUAUCAGACGAAAUGCACCUUCUUCCUCAAGGGUAGUAAUGAGGUGGUCAUGGAGAAAAGAAUGCUGUUUGGGUCAAGACUGGGUGGACCAUGUGGAUUUAGACACAGAAGUUCCAGAACCAAUAGUCUCUCUUUCCAAAUGCUGCCUGGAAACUAAGGAUUUGACCUAGAGGCUUUGCAAUUAAUUGCCAGGGCCUAAUGGCCAAACCAAAAGUGUUUUGACUUCAAUUCCUUAAUUUCGAUUUGUAGCAACAUUGUGGUAUGUUGCUAUUCAAGCAAAAAAUUUCUCAGGAUAAAAUUAACCCAAUAUUAAUAAUAUAUGAAAUCUGUAUUAUAUUCUUGAUUUCUGAGUUCUGGCUAUAUAUUAUUCUUUAUUUCUUUCUAAUUUUUUCUGCCAGUGUUUUGUCUUUCUUUGCAUUUUCUCUUCCAGACAGAUUUUAUAUAUUAUAAAUCUUGAGAAAUUUUUACGUCAGAGCAAAAAUUAGCUUGAAUAGCAACAUACCAGAUUGUUGCUAAUGACACCAGAAUAUAUAUGUAUAACAAAUUGGAAGACACCUCUUUCUACAUUUCUCCCUUACAGCAAAUUCAAAAAAUUGCACAGGAUCUAAAAUAAAUAAAUAAAUAACAAAAUAGACUUCCUCAUACCACGAUGAGGUAAGUGUACACAGAGGAGUCUCCAAUACCAAAUUACCAUUUAUUAGAUGAAAAGUCUACUAAACAGACUUCUUAUCGAUUGAAAGACCUAUUAAAGAUUAGCAGUGACCUUCAACCCUUCUGUCUCCACCCCUAUAUUAUAUAUCUGCGUAAAGUUUAUGCAAACUGUACGUUUUACAAUUUCAUUAACAGAUAACACUAUCAUCGAUAAUCUUAGUUUUGAAAUACCUUUGUCCAUUGACAUAUCCGUGGAUAAAGAUACACUAAGUUUCUUGUCAAAGUGGGAAAAAAACAUUUCAUAUUUAUUCUACUCCGGGAUUUCUUCAAUAAACAAAGAAAUAUAGCUCGCUACAGUGGUUCAGGUUGCCAGGAGUGUGCUGUUGUACCCCUCCCCAUUGUAAAAACAUUUUAAAAAUGUGACUUCUUACCUGCAGUCCAACUGGUCCAACAACCCUCAUCCACUACUAAUACCAGAGAGCUAGAAAUUCCUAGCAUGAACUUCUGUUAGCUCUCCAUGUGUACCGUGUGUGUCAGCUGAUUGGCUGAAAGUUAUCAGCCAAUGAGCAAAGCCCUGUAUUGCAUUCCUGCUUAGGAAAUACCUGCUCUCCGUCAUUAGUAGUGGAGACGGGGAGCAGCUGUAGUGGUUAUGGUGCUUGUUGUUCCCCUUUAUAAAACAAACUUCAAAAUUUAGGCCAAAAGGCUGAUUUUGUAAAAUUUGUCUAACUCAAUGGGUCGCAUCUUGGCUGUUUAUUAGACUGAAUUUUGCAUUUCCCAUUUUCAAUUCAAAGUAUUUUACAGUUCAGUAAAUAAAUAUUUCUGGGUUACUCACCAAAGUGGAGUAUGAUCAUUUUUAACAAAUGUUAACAUGUACUUGUAUCACUGCUUAUCUGCUCCAAGCAGGACACUUAUACUACAUUUAGCAGAGACUUUUUCAAAGACAUUGUUUUACCCUAAAUGUUUAAAUUGGACUUCAAUUCAGUACACUGGUUCUUUGUGAAUAGACCCCUAAAUGAACCAAUUGUCUUUUAUUUGUCAUAAAAAACAAGUUUCAUUGAUCAUUAUUGCUGGUGAAUGGAAACAAUUACUUAGACCACGGUGUGUACAAAUCAUUUAUUUAUUUUUGUGCUUUGCUUUUAUAAGUCCAGGGAGAUUGUUAUGCAGCUUGUUGCUUUUACCCCUGGGAUCCAGCCAUCCCUGACCCACCAUCUGAUCUUCACCCAGUUGAAACCUUCGUAUUUAGGAAACAGAAACAUCUGCUCUAAAUAAACAACUGGAAGCCAGUUUUUCUUUGCAUACUGUUUCGCAUUUCAUAAAAUGUGGCGCCAAUAGUUUAUUUUUUUUUUAUACCUUAUUGUCUACAUUAAAAAAAAAAAUACAUGUAAAUGUAAAAAAAAAAUAAAAAAAUUUGGUUUUGGAAAAUGAAAACAAAUAAAAUACAAUCCUUUAUAUGCUUUAUAAUUUAAUAUGUCUACUCCUGAUAACAACUAUAAACCACGAUAAUCACAAAAUGAAAACAAAUGGUGCUUUUAUUGGAUUUUUUUUCGUCUUACAUUUAAAAUAAUAAUAAAAAAAAAUAAUUUCACUACACUAUUCUGAAGAGUGAUGAUAUGCGUCAUAGCCGUUAUCCUUCUGCGUAGUUGUGGCUUUGGGGAUGGGACUUUCAGGGAUGCAUGUCUGGGAGGUUUCUCCCCUGAGAAAUUUUACCCACUAUAAUCCACCUCCUUCUAGUCACUUUGACACUGGAACCUUUAACAUCUUAAGGACCAAGCUUCUGGAAUAAAAGGGAAUCAUGAUAUGUCUCACAUGUCGCGUGUCCUUAAGGGGUUAAGGACCAAGCUUCUGGAAUAAAAGGGAAUCAUGAUAUGUCUCACAUGUCGUGUGUCCUUAAGGGGUUAAAGGAACAUUAUAGGGUCAGGAGCACAAACAUGUAUUCCUGUUCCCAUAGUUUUAAAAACACCACCUAGCCCUCCUGACUUCCUUCCCCCAUCCCCAUUUCUCUUUAAUUAUAGUAAAAUCUUAGCUUUAUUCCAGUCUGCUGGUGCUGGCUCUGCCCCUGAUCUGCCUGCUUGGUUGACAUCAUCAGAAGAUGCUCUCAGAAGAUUAGGGGCAGAGCCAGCUAAAGCCAAACACAACCCUGGUCAAUCAGCAUCUCUUCAUAGAGAUGCAUUGAAUCAAUGCAUCUCUGAGGAAAAUUCAGUGUUUCCAUGUAGAGGGUGGAUACACUGAAUGUCAGUGCUGCACAGGAAGCAACUGUAGUAGCCGUAUGAGGCGUGGCCAGUAGAGGUAUCCCUAGGUCUCUGUAAAAACAGUGUUUACUGCAAAAAGCCUGAAGGGAAUGAGUCCACUCACCAGAACAAAUACAAUAAGCUGUAGUUGUUCUGGUGACUAUAGUGUCCCUUUAAUAUCUUCAGGAGAGCAGAUCCAAUGAUAUGUCAAUUCUGGUUCAUCAUCUGCCAUUAACAAGUUAAACAAACAACUCCCCAUACAGAAGGAGACUAUUCACUUGUGCAUAACUCAUUAUACUUUAUUUCGGAACAAAAAAGUGCAUCCUAGCUGAAUAAUAAUAGCAAAAUAGUGUUUUAGAAUAAAAUAUGUGUACUGUAUUGUAGGUCACAAAACCAGUUAGGAUUUGUUUAACAAAGAAAAAGCUCUAAAAGUCUUGUAAAUAUUGCAGGCUAUGUAGUACUGAAGUGCAGGAAAUACAUGUUUUAUUAAAUAGUUUUGAAUUGUGUUACCAGUGUGUAAAAUGUUACACGUAGUACCGAAUGAAGGAAUGUGUAUGUUUUAUUCAAAUGUUUUUUCCACUUUUAAAAGUUUGUUUGGCUAUAAAAUUCAAGUUCAGUUGUUUGUUGUGAAUGACCGAUGGGUUGAAUACCAGUUUACAUGACAUGUCUAAUCAGUUUUUUUUUAAUAUUUUUACUUAAUUUGGAUUUGCAUCACUGUAUGUCAUGCACAAUUCUGAGAACAUCCACUGAGCAUACAUUUUUUCAAUUUGGAAAUAUAAUUUGUGAUUUUUGACUAUUCAAUUUGUAGGAUCGGCUAGAGGCGCGUAAAGUGCACGAUGCUGUAGGCCUUCCAUUCUUUGAAAUCUUCGUUGAUGCCCCUCUGGAUAUUUGCGAAAGCAGAGAUGUAAAGGGUCUAUACAAAAAGGCCAGAGCUGGAGAAAUCAAAGGUAGAUUACCAAUGUAGUUGUGGUGAUUGGUAUCUAUAUAUAUAGAUAUUUAAUAGGGAUUUUAGAUUGAAUUUUAAAUCUGCAGGAAUGACUAAUCUACUCACAUGUGAAAAAUAGUGCUUAAAAAUAUUGGAUGGAGAUGAGAAAAAAUUCUUACCUAGUCUUUGCUGAGACCAUACAUGUGUGCUAGGAUCUGUACUUGAUACUAUAUAUAUAUAUAUAUAUAAUAUAUACACACACGUAUGUAAAAGCAUGGUACUUGGGCACCACUAGAAGAAUCGUAAAAAUUUAAGUUCCUAGCGGACAUACAAUGACUGGCAUUACUUUACUGAAAUUCCAUUUUUAAAAGCUCUGUUCUGACACAUCAACAUUCAGUGUUCUGUACCAUUCUACUAGAACUUCCCCAGUGAGCUCUUUAGCCCACCCUCCGAUUUAGCCUUUAGGUGCCAAUGGAUUUAUUUAUUUAAACCUAUAAUGUUAUUCUUAAGUGUGCUGUAAUGGGAUGCAUUUCAAUUCCACCAAUGGCAUGCAGUAUUUUCUAGCUAACAUUAUAAGGCUUAAAAGGUAGUUUAUUGGGCUGAGUCUAUGUAAGCUAUUUGCUACAAUAAACUUACAUGGGGUAAGGAUUUUUUAAAAUCAUUAUUGUAAGCAUUUAGCUAGCAUAUCACAAGUGGAAGCAUAUAGCUAACAUACAAUGACUGUAACAUUUAACUAACAUAACAAACGUACAUCAGCCACAACAUUAAAACCACUGACAGGGGAAGUGAAUAACAUUGCCUAUAUUAUGACAAUGGCAACAACAGUCAGUUCUUUAAUUUCAUGUGUUGGAAGCAGGAAAAAUGGACAAAUGAAAUUAUCUGAGUGACUUUGACAAGGGCCAAAAUGACAUGUGCCAAAUAGUGAUGGCUAGACAACUGGGUCAGAGCAUCUUCAAAAUGGCAAGUCUUGUGUGUGUUCCUGGUAUGCAGUGUUUAGUACCUACCAAAAGGGAUGCAAGAAAGGACAACCAGUGUAAAGGUGUCAGGGUCAUGAGUGCCCAAGGCUAGUUGAUAUUAGCCGUUCUCGUCCAAUCUUACAGAAGAGUUACUGUAGCUCAAAUUGCUGAGACAUUUAAUGCUGGCCAUGAUAGAAAGGUGUCAGAACACACAAUGCGUUGGCAGUUUGCUGCAUAUAUGCACUUACACCCCUUCAUGGCAAUGGUGUUCCCUGAUGGCAGUGGCCUCUUUCAGUAGGAUAUGCACAUUGCAAAACUUGUUCAGGAAUGGUUUGAAGAACAUGACAAACAUUCAAUGUGUUGCCUUGGCCUACAAAUUCCCCAGACUGAACUUUUGUGGGAUGUGCUGGAACAACAAAUCUGAUAUUUGGAGGCCCCAUCUUGCAACUAGCAGGACUUCACGGAUCUGCUGCUAAUGUCUUGGUGCCAGAUACCACAGGACAUGUUCAGAGGUCUUGUGAAGUCCAAAACCUGACCUGAUGCAUCAGAACUGUUUUGGCAGCAUGAGGGGGACCUACACGAUAUUAGGCAGGUGGUUUUAAUGUUGUAGCUGAUCAAUGUAUAGCUAACACACCACGAUUAGAACCAUAUAGCUAACACACCACAAUUAGAACCGUAUAGCUAACACACCACGAUUAGAACCGUAUAGCUAACACACCACAAUUAGAUUUGUACAGCUAAAUUAAAAGACUACAAGUAGUUAUUAAAAUGUUUAGAAAGUGUGUCGUAAAACACUAAUUACUUUGCAAUGUAUGGUGAUUAAAAUGCAAAUAUAAGUUAUAUUUUCUUGAUCUGUAUGUUAAACAUUUGGCUCAAGGACCCAUAUCAGGAUAUUGCUAAAUGUGUUCCACACCCAUAUUUAAAAGAAGUCAGGGUGAUUAUAGGUCAUAUAUGUGAGUCUUAGCCCAACAAUCAUGCCAGGAGCAUCACAGAGGAUGGCGUGUUUGAAGUUAAACAACUUGUAAUUUAAUCCAAUUCACAUAGGCCACUGAUUGCCAGAGUGUUAUAUUUAUCUUAAUAAUGAGAUGCAUCUAAUUUUAUUUAUUUAGGAUUGCAUAUAUUACAUGCAUUCUUUACAAAGAAUAUUAAACAUAGAGUAGCAAUAUCCUGUUAGCCACGUACUGACCGAGAAUGCAGUUGAGUAGCAAUACUUUAAACUGGCACUCACUGCUUCAUACAUAAUCAUUACACUUGUGCACUUUAUGUGAGUUUUGAAAUCUUUCAUCAAAAUAUGUUUUAAUAAAUAUAUUAUUUUCAACAGAAGUGUUCCUGGAUAAAAGUCUACGUUACAAGAUAUCUAACACUGUAAUAAUUGUAGUAUAUUGGGUGAAAUAGUUUUUAGCUUGGGCUUAAUUAUGUAAAUUUAGAUAUCUUUGUUUUUUGUUUUUUUUAGGAUUCACUGGUAUUGAUGCUGAAUAUGAGAAGCCAGAGGCUCCUGAACUUGUACUAAAAACCAAUAUUCACAGUGUAAUUGAUUGUAUUCAUCAGAUAGUAGAGCUACUGCAAGAAGCGGUGAGGAAAAUGCAUAUAUUUUCCUAUCUAUCUAUCUAUCUAUCCAUCUAUCUAUCAAUCUAUCUAUCUUUUUAUGCAUGGGGUGCGACUUAGUGGCUUAGAGUGUCAGCUGACGGCUUUAGUCACUAAGCGGGGCAUCUGUCUAGCAGCAUCCCACACUUCCUGAAAAUAAAUGUCAUUGAUGAUGAAGCCUGAUGACGCUGUGGGAACUUGAGAUCCCAUGACGGAGGCUACCCUUGGGGUUAAACCGGCAACCACCUGACACCAUAACAACUUCAUUUAGAUUAAGUUGUUAUAGUAGUUCAAUAUACAAUUCUUAUAUUACAGGUUGUUAUUGUGGAAGAAUUUUGUUGCUAUAGUUUAGAACCAGUAACACAAUAUGUUAUUUUUCGUAUCUUCUUGACUGGAAUGUAGUACCAAGGAGAAAAGCGCAGCUUAGCAGAGGGGGCCUUGACAGGGCUUGGAGGCGGGCUUAGGGGGAGCCUGAUGGUGAUUGGUGGGGUAGGGUGUAGGGUAGGGUUUAGGGGUUGGACUGAUAAAAAUGUCAGCCAUUUUAGAAAUCCCUAUUACUAAUUUGACUUACCAGGCUGAGUUGGUCCCUCCCUCUCUUUAUGUAUGGGUUAAGUCUUGUCCGUUUGGUCACAGCGGCGGGCUGGUAAAAGGAAGGUUAAGGGGGUAACAGGCCUGCUUAGGGAAGAGAAGAGCAAGAGUAGUUAGUUGGCUGGUUAAUAUGGUUGGUUACCUUUUAGUAAGAUGUUGGUGGGUUUCGAGCUCGUUGGUAGCUCAGAACCCGGGUGGUGUAGGGGUAUCAAGGUAUUCCCCUGCCAGGAUCAUUUGGAAAAGUUGGAUCCUGUUUAUGUUAUAUUUAUGUGUUGUUAUACUAUGUUAUGUUAUAUAUUAUGGGUCAUUGUCUUAUGAUUUGAUAUGUGUGGAAGAGAUAAUGUUGGAUGGCUGAGGAUUUGGGGGUGGGCAAUGACUUUAAAAACUUAUGUAUAUGUUAUUGUUAUUAUUAUUAUGAUUAUAAUAAAAUGAAAGCUGUGGACAUAUUGACCCAUACCUAAGAGUGUCAGUAUUUUAUUAGGGGUGUGUUGGUACAAGGUAGUAGACAGCUCCUCCUGUCCAUAUGGCGACAAUGUACCUGUCGUGAUUAUUUACUUGUCUGCUCACACUGUUUAAAAUAAAACAUUUUGUAUGGGUCCUCUUGUGACAACAUUUAAAGGGACUCUCUUGUGGCAAAACUCAUAUUCCUGUUUUGUAGUAAUGUUAAUUUAAAAUAUACUUUGCAUUAGCAUUAUACACGCACAGUUAUUUUAACUAGUUUACCAACUGGCUCGCUUCCUGUAACAAGGUGCUGAGCUGCUGUACUCAGGGAAAAAUAACUAUGAUGGCUUCCAGAAAUUAAAGCCAUUACAGCUGCAUGUAGGCAAUUUGGCAAUUUCCAGCAGCCAUCUUGGAGGAGGCAGGUGAGUUCUCUAGGCAAGCAUACUUUUUGAUUGACAUUCUAAAUGGUGAUUUUUUUUUGUAAUGUAUCAUAUGAAUGCUUUCUACAUGAACUGAUCUUAUCUCUUCGUUCUUUCCAGGCCAUUGUCCCAUCUGGAGCUACUAAAGAAGUCCAUGAAUUGUUUGUACCAGAGAAUAAGCUGAAUAAGGCUCGAGAAGAAGCAAAGAACAUACCCGCUGUUAACAUCACCAAGGUAAAAAGCAGCUGUCACUCUACUUCUGCCACUUGGGGUCUUUUUAAAGGAUAUACGCGCAUGUUUUAACUUUGUCAAGGCUACAAGAAUUGCAGUUAGACAAAUUAGUUAUCCUCACCAAUGAAAUAGGAUUGCAUGAUCAUAGUUUCUACCUUAUAGGCAUUUUGAUAGUUGAAAGCGUUGUUACCUGAAAAGAUUUAAAAAAAUAAAAUGUAUUAUCAUUUUGUUUUUGUGAAGACUUUCUUAUCUGAGUAACAUUAUGUCCACCUAUUUGCAUAACGAAUAUGUUGACACCUAGAGAAAAAAAGUUGAGGUCCACAGGCAUCACAAUGCCUGUGUACCUCUAUUUUUUGUUGUUCCUAUUGGGCUGCAGAUCCCCCUCCAUGGAGCUCCCACGUAAAAUUAAUUGUGUGCAGCACUCCAUUAACUUUACAUUAUGUUGACAACUGCAUGUGGUUUCUCCCUUUCAUUUAGUUGGACCUCCAGUGGGUGCAGGUUCUGAGUGAAGGAUGGGCCACUCCAUUAAAAGGCUUCAUGCGUGAGAGGGAGUAUCUACAAGUUCUUCAUUUUGACACCCUCUUGGAUGGUACAGUUUUUUAUAUUCAGAUUUUAAACUAUUUUAUUAUUUGCAUAAUUGGCAUUUAUAUUGCGCCAUCUUAUUCCACAGUGCUUUACAAUAUUAUCAAGGGGGAAAUGUAACAAUAAAUUAGCAAAUUGCUAAAUGUUACAGGAACAACACGUUGAUGAGGACCCUGCUCAAACAAACUAUUACAACAGUUGUGUGUUUUUUCUUAUCUGUUUGCAUAUUGAUAGGUAACUGAUAUUUUGUGUUUCUAUAUAUUUUGGUAGAGCAUUAGAGAAGCACUUAUCAGGAAAAAAAAAUGAAAUUCUGUGUGGUGUACCAUUGUUGACUGUUGUGCUAUGAUACAAUCUUGCAAUUUACUUUCCUGUUGACUUACCAUUUGACAACUGCCCCAUGUUUAACAUCUUAUUACAGUCUUUUUUCACAUUAUUGCCUCUUCAAUGAUUUGUUUUCUCCAGAUGUCAAUAAGACUGGAACAGACUCAUAGUAACAAUGUGUCUGUUGAUAAAUGGAUCAUUGAUAUAUGGAUUAUUAAACCCUGAUGUACGAUGUUUACAGUAAUCUAAGCAGAUAUCAAUUAUUUAAUUUAGCAGGGUUAAAGAAAAAAAGAUUAAAACGCAGGCACUAUUGGAAAAAUAACAAUGAACUAAUAUUUGAUUUUUAAAAUAUAAUAUUUUCAAAGUGUGCAACAACAAUGUUUUUCAGGGGGCUCCAGGCUUGGCUUGCUGUUGAUGACCUUUCUAAGUGCCCCUUUUUUAUUUUUUAAACGCAAAUCCCAAAUUGUUAUGAAUUGAAUUAGUACAAACUAACCUCUGAGUUGCAACUUUGGUAAUUUUUUUGGACUUUUGCAAUCUAGAGCCCCAAUUAUGACUGAACCCCCUUUUAUUUUUUUUUAAAAAAUGUAUGCCUGCUGUUGAUGUUUUAAAAUAAACUUUUCUUUAGAUACGAAGCAUAACUCAGAUUUAUCAUUCUCAAGGUAUCUUGGUGAGUUACCUUAUUUGUAAACUUAUUCUACAAAUACUUCAAUUAUCCAAAUAAUAAAAAGGAAAAAAAAAAUUGGUCCGCACUUUUUUUAAAAUUUAUUUUUUAUAAAAUUUUUUUCACCAUUUUCAUUUUUAAUGGAUUUCAGUGGCUUGCACUUGUGGAGAAAAAAACGUUUUAUUAGAAGUACAUUAAAUCUUGUCUUUGUGUAUAUCUCUUACAUGCAACCCACUAAAUACCUAAUUCCAAGCAAAAAUGAUCAUUUAAAAUAAAUAUUAAUCAUGAUUCAUUUUGUUUAAUUUGUGUUGUCAGAUACUUCUAUUAUAAGGAAGGCACAAGGAUGGUAUUAAAAAAUAAGUUGCAAGCUGUGUCCUUCAAACAUCUGUUAAACAGCUGCCAAAUGUCUACAGUUUGAUAACCUGUUUUUUUUUUAAAUACAAUAUAAGUGUUGCCCACUUUGCUUUUAGUUGUAUACAUUAUUACAUUGACUAUACCAUCAUUGUACUUUGUCAUUAUUUGUAGAAUUACAGUGCCUCAGUUUCAUCAAGGGGUGGUAAUGGUUUAUUAAUCUUUAUGGGAGAUUUACAAAGGCAGGGCCUGCUUCAAAACGUCAUAAUAGAUCUUUUAUUGGGUUUAAAUGACUGUCACUCUCCGUUUUGUGUGUUAUCCAUAAGCUAUAUGGCUAAAGUGGCAGAUCCCUCCUCCAGUUUAACUAGCUUUCUCUUAAUGAAAUAAAGUGACGUUAAAUGUAGUUACUGGGAUUACAAUAUGCUGCAGUUAAUAUAGUUUAAUCCCAGUGACUACAUUUAACUGCAAAGCCAAGAUGAGACGCCUACUAUAUUAAAUAUGUUUUAGUUUUAGAGUUCUGCUUGCCUUUGUAAAUCUAACCACUUUUAAACCAUACCACUAGUUUGAUGUAUUUAUGCAAAAACUGCUUAAUUCUUGUUUUAAAAAAACAAACAAAAAAAAACAUUAAUUUGUUUUAUCUCUUUGGCAAGACAAUAAUUGUGCAACAUGCUUUGAUUUAUACCAGUUGCCUGGGUUUAAAUAAAGAGUUCUAUACUGAGCCUUUCCAUUUAAUUUGACAACAUUGUAUAAAAGAGCGAAAUACCAUCAGGUCAUUCGUAUAUAGUUGGGCUCAGACUACAUUUAUAGUGUAUGGUUAAAUAGGUUUGGUAGAAAACAAAUGCCAGUACCUUGGCUUGAAAUAUGGCCUAUUUAAUUACAAUAUUAUGCAGAAACUUCUACCACCAGACACUAUAUAAUGUGUGCUACUUUAUAUCAAUGUUUUACGUCAUUUACUAAUGGUAAGUAAUAAGUCAUUUUAAAUGUGAUUUCUGUUUUCACAAUGAACCUAAUCUUUCUUACUUUUCUCAAUGUUAAGAAUACAUUAUGCAAUUUCAUAGUUAAUUCAGUAGUAAUAUUCAUUGAGUCCAGUCCAAUAAUGACACAUUGUGAGAUCCUGGUUAGAUUUAAAUCACAUACCAGCUUCUGUGAUAUAUGUAACAUAGAAUAGUUUCUGCAUUGUUUGUUUAGCACAGAUUAUCUCCAGCUCUUUGUAGGUUAAUUCACUUAACAUAAAAUUGGGACAAUUUGGCAACUCCCCAAAGUUGUUACAUUUCUCAUUUUAGUGUGUUUAACCACACUUGUGUUUAAUUCACAAAUACCUAAAAAUGUAUUGUGCCAAAGCAGCUGUUUACAUCCCAAAUAGUAUUAAUAUCACACUGCCAAAGGUCCAUAUGUACUUUGAUGUUCCCUUUUUAGAAAAUUAACACGUUCAAUAUUUUGAAAGCUACACUUCAAAAUGCAAAAUUUCACAUAAAGACUAGUUCUUAUUUACUUUCAAAGCCAAUUAUCUCAUUUAUAUUGCCCAGUUGCUAUCUCAUACAUAAUGCCCAUUAUUUAUUUUCAAAAGUGCUUUGAAUGAACACAUGAGCUAUCCCAAUUCAUUGUACCAGCAUCGUGCAUUCAGCCACCCGCAGAUAAUACCUCUACUUGGGUAACACAAAUUUAUUUAAUACAUUUUGAUUUUUAUGUUGUCCAACGUAACAGUUAUGGCCGAAAUAUGGAAAAUUCACUUUUCAGUUCUCUGCAAUUCAAGGAUUAGAACAGAAACCUCGCGUAAACGUGGUUAUUCACACAAAAAAAGAUUUAUCAUGGAUUCAAAGUAAAUUUCUUAUUUUAGGCCAAUAUAUUUAAAUUACAAACAUAGCUGACUUGGAUAAAUGUGCCAUUUCAGACUAAUAUUUCCCUUUGAAUGUCUGAUAAUUCACACUUUGAAUAAAGCCUUUACACUCAUGUUGUCUGCCUGCGCUUUAAGGUAUUAAUGAACAGGUUAUGGUUUCAGGAGGGGUAAUCAACUUGAGCAUCCCCAUCGUGCUGCCAGUAUCCGCGAACGAUAAGGAAAGGUUGUCUGGCACUAAAGCCUUUGCUCUGGAGUAUGAAGGUAGGAAGGUGGCAAUUCUACGAAACCCAGAAUUUUUUGAGCACAGAAAGGAGGAGAGAUGUGCACGUGUUUGGGGAACAACUUGCCCUCAGCAUCCUCAUGUCAAAGUAGGUUUAUUGUUAUUAUAAUUAUUGGCAUUUAUAUAGUGAUUUACAUAGUUACAUAGCUGAAAAGAGACUUGACAUAAUUACAAAAACUUACAGGAACCAUAGGUUGAAGAGGACCCUGCUCAAACGAGCUUACAGUCUAGAGAUUCAACUUCUAUGCUUACGUUAGAUGAUUCUUUAAACUGUGUCGAUCUUUUCCAAUGGUCUUAAUUUAAUCAAAAUGGUGGCAUUCCACAUUUUUUCUGGGUUCAUUCCUAACUUAUCCCGCAGUUUUACAAUAUAGCAAUGUGAUGACCAUGGAACAUAAUCAAAUUGUAUUUCAAUAAAACCUUUUCUCAUGUGUGGACACUUGGAACAGUGAACUGCAAGAAACACACCAUGCAAUGACUGUCAUUAGUAUUGAUGUCAGCGAUCCCUAUAGAUUAAGCUACCUGUGUGCAUCAAUAAUGUACGACUGGUUCGAUGCACAGCAUAGUCGUCAUUUGGUUUGAUUAUGCUAGAGAGAAGCUGCACAUUAUGCUGUACACUGUUGGAUUGUGAACCAGAAGUAUUGUGUAGUAAUAAUAAUAAUGGAUGUACUCAGUGAUGGAACCUGCUUAAAUGUGGAAACAGUGAAAUAUGAGCAUUACUAUAACUCCACUCAAUACUAUUUAAAAAAAAAAGAAAAAAAAAGGGUGGGUUCAGUGCACAGAAAUGCCACAUUAAAGGACUACUAUAGGCACCCAGACCACUUCAGCUCAAUGAAGUGGUCUUAGUGCCAGGUCCCUCUAGUUUUAAUCCUGCAGCUGUAAACAUAGCAGUUUCAGAAAAACUGCUAUGUUUACACUGAGGGUUAAUCCAGCCUCUAGUUGCUGUCUCCCUGACAGCCGCUAGAGGCGCUUCCGCGCUUUUCACUGUGAAAAUCACAGUGAGAAGACGCUGACGUCCAUAGGAAAGCAUUGAGUAAUGCUUUCCUAUGAGCGGUUUGAAUGCGCGCGCGGCUCUUGCUGCGCAUGCCUAUUCGGCACCGACGUCGGCAGGAGGAGGAGAGGUCACCAGGGCCGAGGGAGCCCGGUGCUGGAGAUAGGUAAGUAGCUGAAAGGGUUUUAACCCCUUCAGCCCAGCAGGAGGGGGGCCAUGAGGGUGCAGGGUCCUUUAACUCUGACAGCUGUGCUCACUCUCCUCCACCCAAUGCACUGCAGAUGGGGUAUCAGCAAUGGCAUUGCCAGACCCUAAAUAAAUCAUAAGAGGACCAUAAGAUGUCCAAAUGAUCUGUCCAUAAUUGCCCCCUCCCACCGAAAACCGUUAGUGAUUUAAAAAUACAUAAAUUUACAUAAAUAUAUUUUUUUUAACACGAGGUACAUACAUCACAGAUAAACAUAUCAAUGCUACACAAGUCCCACCCCUACUUCAGUACAUUAUUUGGCAGGGACCCCAGCCAUCCUGAUUUACUAGUGGUCCAUCAUUCAUGCAGUUACAGUGUAUUUAUUAAAGCAUUGUUGUAGGUGAUGAUGACUCUGAGGACCACAGGGCAGCUUGGAAUGUUAUUACUUGUGGUUGUUGAUGAGACUUUCCUUCUCAGAACUUUAAAAUCAGUUAAUUUAUCUUGUAUCUGCUUCUUCCAUUCUGUCUGUGAUUAAGACUCGAUGAGUAAAAUGGAAAGUGUUUGCUUUUAGUUUGUGACUCAAGUAGGUCGUUUACGAUGGGGAUUUUAGUCAGUUUCUGCUGAGUGGGAUCAAACCACAGGCAGACUAUUACCAUAUGUUUAAUUAUUGCUUUUUACACUGACCAUAAAAUUACAACCUACCACUCAUCUCUACACCCUCCAGGGAAUUUCCCAGGGGAUUACAAGUUUCAGGGCAAAAUAGCUGAGACUGAAAUGCAGACAAAUUGGAGAAUUCUCCAAGUUUUGCUAUUGUUGUCUAAAAUGUGCCAUGUCUUUGUUCACCUAUUCACAUUUACUGAUUUGGUAAAAAAUUCCCCAAGUGUAUACGUGUCUUAUAAAAGGGAUUCUCUAGUCAAACCCAUUUUCCUGGAAUUGUAGAAUCCCGCAGUGUCCCCCUCCCUCCCGCCCCCUCAUCCCAUGUCACUGAAGGGGUUAAAACCCCCUUCAGACACUUACCUGAAUCCAGCGCGGAUGUCCCUCGGUGCUGGGCCAGGCUCUGCCUCCUCCCCAGCCGACGUCCCCCGGCGUGGGAGACCUAAUGUGCAUGUGCGGCAAUGGCCGCGCGCAUUAGACCUCCCCAUAGGAAAGCAUUAUUCAUGCAUAGCGUGUGGACGUCCAGCGUCAAUUCGACAACCAAAAGUCGUCUAAGAAGCUGGAAGUCCCUCUAGUGGCCACUAGAGGAGGACUUAAACCUGCAAGGUAAUUAAAAUGGCAAUAAUUACACUUGCAGGGUUAAGGGUGAUGGGAGUUGAAGUGGUCUGGGUGCCUACAGUGUCCCUUUUUAACCCACUUAUUAGUGGGUUGUUGUUUUGUUAUUUAACCUUCCCACAUAUUUCCCUAUAUACCAGGGGUCCCCCCCCCCCCCAAAAAAAAGGUGCAGUUUUUUGUGUGUGUCAAGAUGUGUGUAUCUGUGUUUGUAAGUGCCAGUGUGUGUUUCUGUGUGUCAGUGUGUAUCUGUAUGUUUUUGUUUGUAUGUAUCUGACACACACACACACACACACUGGCACAUAGUGGCACAUAGUAUGUAUCUGUGUGUGUAUGUAUGUAUCUGUGUGUCAAGAUGUGUGUAUCUGUGUUUGUAUGUGCCAGUGUGUGUAUCUCUGUGUCAGUGUGUAUCUGUGUGUGUGUGUGUGUGUGUGUGUAUGUAUCUGACACACAGAUACACACCUGGACACACACAUACACACACUGACAUAUACACCCACUUGCACCCACAGAUACACACCGGCGCAUACACACAGUGUCAUAUACACACAUUGAAACACUCAGAUAAACAUACUGACAUACACACAGUGACACAUACACAAACCUUGACACACAGACUGACACACUCAGACACACAUACUCUUUGACAGACACACAUACACUCUUACUGAAAAACACACACACUAUUUGACAGACACACAUACACUCUCACUGAAAAACACACAUACACACUAUAUGACGAGCAUACAUAUACUCUUUGACAGACACACAAACACAUACAAACUCCCUAACAGACACACAUACAAUUUAUUUUUUACAUUUUACUCCACCCAGCCUCCCCUACCUUUGGGAGUGCUUGCAUGGAAUCUCUAUGUCCCUGUGGUCCAGUGGGGCUGCUGGGCUUAGUGUCCGGUCCCAGGGGUCCAGUGGGGCUGCUGAGCAGCUGGGGUGCGGGCGGCGAGGGAGCAGUGAUCUCCCUGCUCAGCUCCCUUGCGUGCCUCUUAGUGAUGCCGGAGCAGGAGUGACGUUAUAUUCCGGCUCCGGCAUCACUGCUGUGCAUUCGAGGGAGCUGAACAGGGAGAUCACUGCCCACUGCUUCCUCGCUGCCUGCGGCCAUUUUGUUUUUAGAAAUUUUGGCAGAACCUCAUUUGUGUUCUUGUGGAACCCUUAUCAGAGCUUCAUACAAGGUUAUUUAUUAACGUGUGACUUUCUGGGAAUCCAAAGUGUAUUUCACAUUUUCAGGUAAGGUUAACUGAAAACAUAGCUGACGUGGAGAAUUUUUCUCAUUCACCUACGUUGUCCUACAAUGUUAAAUUAAUUCCCAACAGUACACACAUUUCAGCAGGUCUGUGUGUGUUUUUCAGUAACGCAUUCUAGGUAGAUUAGGACACAAGCUUACGUCAUAUUUGCAGAAUGCACAACUAGUAAGCAAUUAAAAUCACAUCUUUAUAAAAUAGAAUUUCACAAAAUAAAAGAUUGUUUACGGAUCGCCUUUAAUUAACUAUGUUUACCACUUCUGUUAGUUUUCUUUAAAUACAUUUAGAGUUAUUCACUGUGUGAUUUAUUGAUUUUUUUUUUUUGAGAAUUCUAAAGAGAUUUCUUUUUUUUUUAAAUUAAUUUUAUUUUAAAAUAAGCUAGUUUGGAAAAUUAAUUUUCAAUUCCAUGCACCCCAUACCUUUGUGAACAACCCUGGCUGUGUGUGGUAACAGUGAUAACAUGCUAUAAACAUAUGUUUUUAGGCAUACUUAAGGUGUCCACAAUAUAACACAAUGUAUGUCACGCUGGAUGCCCAGAUGCUGUAAAACUACAGCUCCCAUUAUCAGUCUUUGCAAUAGCAGAGCAUCAUGGAAGUUGUAUUUUGGGGGGAUCUAACUUUUGGGCACCCCUGUUGUAUAUGUUUCAUGAAAGAGAACAUCACUAAACUGGUUUCAUUACGGCCACGUGAUAGCGAUGUUCUGUACAUGUGCCUUUUUUCGGAACUGACUAUUACCAGAUGGUGAAUGCAAGUUAUAUUUAUACAUCUGAUAUUUUAAUCAUUAAGAUGGUCCUGGAAAGUGGAGAUUGGCUGGCUGGUGGAGAACUUGAGGUUCUAGAAAGAAUCCGAUGGGAAGAUGGUCUAGAUCAGUAUCGCCUCACACCUCUAGAGCUAAAGCAGAAGGCUAAAGAGCUGAAUGCAGGUAAGCCAGAUUAUUUAAUAUUGAUAUAUAUAUCCUCACAAUCUAGGGGUGGGGAGGAUUUCUUGUGUUAGUAAAUCCCAGCUUGGAUCCGCAAAACCACACACUAGAGUUUACUCACUUAACUAGAAUGGACAGGAAUGACCAGGAAUCACAAUUUUUAGACCAAAAUAGCCAAACUUAAAAUAUAUUUUUCAAACCGGUAACUCUUCUAGCUUGACUAUUUUGGCCUGGAUUUGCAAAGACGUGAAUGGCAAUAGCUACGUAAGGCAAAUAUUAAAGAUUAAUUUCUGUAUCUUACUAGUAAAAUUGCCAGCUAGUAUAUAAAUUUAAUUAUUAUACUUGCUUGGAAUUUGCUUCUUGGUCAGAGUAAUAGGUGAGCAUUUUUGCGACACUGUGCUGUAAAGAUCCGUGUCCCACCAUGCUUUGCGAGCAGCUGCAGUCAGCAUUGUUAAGAGGCAUGGAUGCUGGGAGAGGUACAAGCUAAAAGCUUGACAUAAAAAUGAAAAUGUGUAUGUAUCAAAAGUAAAGGAAUAAAGAAUAAAAAUGUGCGUACUAACUUUAAUUUGCUAGAUGUACGGUACAGUUUAAAUAUGGCAAUGCAGGUGUACAUGCUCAUACUUUCUUAAUUCUCUGUAAAUCGAGGAUAUUUAAACAAUGAAUAUUCAGCUAAAUAAUUAGUGAUUCUUAUCCGUUCAGAAGCCCCAGAGUGAAUCAUUUUCUACUGUUUUUUUUUAUUUUUAUUAUUUCUAAGUGUUGUUUGUUCAUUCAUUGUGAACUCUGUUCUCAAAAGUCUUCUUGCCAGCUCUGAUUGUGUAAUAAUCUUAUCUACUAUAGUAUAUGCCAACAUAUCCCUCCCUCUUUGAGAAUCACAGCUCUCUCUUACCAACCAGUGACAUUGAUGCACGUCCAUGGAGAAGUACAUGGGAAACAAAAAUGCAAUGCAAAUACGAGAUAAGACUGCCCAGGGAUGCCUAUUACUGCUUCUAUCAAACACCAGGCAUAGUUAGCAAGCAAGAUUAAUGAACCAUAUAAUAAUACCACAAUCACAAGUAGAAUUUGGGAUUGUUGGUCCCUCCAUAAGGAACAUUUGUGCAAACAAAUUGGGUAGAACUUCAGUUAGAAAGGUGAAGGUGGGCUAGCUGAGCAGCUAACAAGACGUGCAAGUGUGGAGCUCCGGCUAAACACACCGUUUAAUACGACGAACUGCCACAAAAUCCUAACAACCAGAACAGAUAUCCAGACUAAUAGUGAUCUAAAUGCCCCCAACCUCGAGAUGGAGCGAAAAAACAAGAAACAAACCUGCCUGGAGGGCUCAAACACGCCAGACAUCAGGCGGUCCUUCAGUAGGCCGCAAAGACUAACACAGACCAAAAUGGCGCAGGAAAGUGACCAAAGCUCUAGUGAAUCGGAGGCAUCGCCCCACGAGCGGGGCCCCCCGACCACACAGAAAGCUAAUGCAGGUUAUCGGACAGGAGAAUCCGACUCCGACGACUCGCCCUCUACCAAGGGGGAUAUCAAAAAGCUGUUACUCGACCUACGGAAGGUAUGGAAGUCGGAUUUGGACGAGAUACGGUCUGAAAUAACCGGAGUCACAGCACGACUGGGUGCAGUGGAAAAUAGGGAAGGGAACAGAGACAUUCUCAUUGCCGAGACCCAAACCCAAAUGACCUCCCUGACCCAACAAAUCCUGAGACUUACCCGCACAGUGACCGCGAUAGAGGCCAGACAUCGCAAGAGAAAUGUCCGCAUCCGUGGCGCACCUGAAACUAUAGGCCCAGAAGCCUUACUGGAGUUUACUAAUAAAAUAGCGACCAUGAUGGGAGCAAAGAAAAAUGGUGAACUGCGGCCCAUCACAGCGGCAUUCAGGAUUCGGAAGGCCGCAGCCGCCCCUGCGGACGCACCCAGGGACAUUAUUACAAUCGCACGAGACAUUACGGUAAAAGUGGCGAUUAUGGCUGCCUCCAGAAAGACACCCACCGCCAUAGUGGACAACCUCCACAUCAAGGUAUUCGACGACUUACCGUUUGCGACUCUGCUAGAGAGGAGAAGGUUCAUGCCGAUCACCCGACAGUUGAGAGAACAUGGCAUCAGAUACAGAUGGGGUGCAACUGGCACGCUGGUGGUGCCAUACAAAGACAGAGUACUUUCAUUAUCAGCAGAGGAAGACCCUAAGAACUUCCUACAGGAACUCCAACUCCCCCAGCCAGCACCCCCGGAACAGGGGAGAAGCAAGACCCCCAGCGCCGCGACAACGCUACCCGGGAGGAAGGCCCUGAGGGGUCAGAGACACAAAGAAGACCAGGCCUGCAGAACCCCCCAUAGAACUGUCAGAUUACGAGAGGACUGAUCACAGGCCUACCUACCUGGCUGGGAGAACUGAACCCCUUACAGCCCCUCAGGCAUCUAGCAUUUAAUUUAAAGUUGUUUUAAUUUAAAGUUGUUUUAAUUACUGUUGUUUUUGACAGUUAUAGAUGGCCCCAUGGUGCCUGGCACCUUGGGUUCAAAACACCUCGACACACACGACCCCCAACAGAGACAUGCGUGACGAUGGGGAAAUACAGGCACUUAGAGAGAGGGGGUAGGAGACGGACACUAUACACACACGGGGGGGGGGUGGAAGGAGAGGGCAAACAUCAUGCCACCACAGUGCACCACACAGCAAGUCUAGUUACGCGACACCUUAGCAGGGAAAAGUGCACCCCAGACGACCGUAUAGCUGAAGUGGAACGUAAACCAAAGGAAGCAAAGAAGACAUAUAACAUGGACAGACGCGAUAUACUUAUAGACUAUCAGGCGCACACCAGCAAUAAUCAUCUAUGUGACAAAUCUCUAACCCACCCCUAGCAACGACGAAAUACAAGAUACCAAACACUGCAAGCUUCUGGCAGCCAAGGCAUGCCUAAAGGGAAGCCGGACAGGUCUCCUACUCUCAGUCAGACAUAGGCCGACCCCCGCACCGACCAUAUCACACUCACACGCAAGACACUAUUAUCACUAAUUUCAUGUUUUCAUAUGUUUAACUUAUCACACUAACGUCUAGACUUACUAUUUUUGAAAAAUGUUACAAACUAUCUACCAAAGUCAAAUGUUAAUGAUACCUAGCUAUUCACUCACUACUAAUCGCUACCGAUACCAUAGUACGAUUUAUAUCGACCAGUUAACCUGUAAAACUGUGCAGCUUACAAAUAUGUCAUGACAUUGUAUACCAUGAAUAGCCAGCAGUUGCUGUUGUGGCACUGCGGGCACGACUGUUUACUUUAUUGCACUAUCAAAAUAAAGAAUUAAAAAAAAAAAAGAAAGGUGAAGGUACCACCGUCAUUCCAAAAUAAAAUCUUCAGGUACAGAAUAACUCAUUGUGGUGCAUGUAAUUAACAAAUAGACAUAUCACCUGCAAAACAUGAGUAUUCCAAAAAGUGUGUGUCUGUUGAUUUUUUACACUCUAAGGAGUUAAUAAAUUCAGAUUUUAUUUUGGAUUAUUGGCACCUUCAACGUUUGAAUUGGUUCGGGAAGGUCUCCAUUCAUUUGUUUACAUGGAAAAAAGUCUGUGAGUAUGAUGCUUCAAGGAUUAGAAUUACAACAUUUCAGCUAAUUUACUACACUUUUUAAAUAAUUACUAUCCGGUAUAGAACACACUUGACUUUUUUUGGACUAUGUUUAGAAAUCCUGUGGGAUAUUUAACAAUGUUCCUGACCAAGGUUCAGAAAGUGAUUUCAUAUCAAAGUUGACUGUAAACAACACUCCCUCUAGAUCAAUAUGGACGACGUUUCAAAAAUACUCGGCCAAAAAUUCUUACUGAUCACCAAGGCUAAACAACAUUAGAUCAGUGAUUAAAUAUAAUGGAAUCUAAUGAAUCGCCAGGUUGACUUAACUCUAUACUAACUACCUAGGUUUAAUCCCAUAAGGAACAAAUUCAUGCUGUUACCACCACAGUUGGUCUCUAACAACCUUAUUUCAGUAUGGAACGUCCUGCUUAUUAAGCCUUUGCUGUUAUUGUUACGAGUGUGAUGUUCUAUUUUCAUAUGAAUUUUUCCACCAUUGGACCUUGCAGGGUUACUUCAAGCACCAUGACCAUUGAGUGCUUUGAAGUGGUCAUGGUGCCUGGAGUCUGUAAGUGUAGUGUUUUGUUUUAAAAAAAACACAAACACUGUUUAACCCCUAUGAUCCCAGAGGUGUAACUCCAGCAGCGGCAGCGGCACUGGAGAGUGACAAGACUUCUGUGCUGGGUAGUGUGAAUUCUGUGCAUAUUCCUAUACCCAGAAUUGCAUUCAUUGAUUGAGUGUGGUCAGUUGACGCUGGGUUACAGUGUUUUCACUGGUUUUGGGGAGAUGGGGGAUAAAUGUAAUCUUAAAAGCUUUCAUUGUACUUUAUUGACUUAUUUUGACUUAGUGAGAGUUCAGCCUUGUAUAUCACCCACAGUGAGAUUUAUAAGGUCAGGUUUCCUAACUAUUUAAAUAGAAUGGAGCUAUACCGGUUACUGAGAAUUGUCUAUACUUUUUAUUCUUGGGCUGCCGAGUUUAGAGCCAUGUUCUAGAGAUAAUACGUCUUAUAUUGACAAACCAUCUCCCCUCUGCAUAGCAAGAUCUACUACACAAUUAUUCUCUAAAAUAGGGACUGUGAAUAACUGACAUAGAAUCGCAAUGUUUAAGCCAAAAUUCUCAAGCUGAAAACAUGCGGAUUUGAAGAAUUUCCAGAGUUAGCUGGCUGCCACUGUAUAGAGUGGAAAUUUGUGUUGACACUUAACAAAAUGAAUUGUAAGAAAAUAUUGGAGGGAAUGCAGUUAAUCUUGUUUUUUUUUAUCUCCUCCAGAUGCUGUGUUUGCCUUCCAGUUACGCAACCCUGUUCACAACGGACAUGCUUUGCUGAUGCAGGACACCAGGCGCCAUCUGCUGGACAGAGGCUACAAAUGCCCUGUGCUUUUGCUCCACCCGUUAGGAGGGUGGACAAAAGAUGAUGAUGUACCUUUGGAUUGGCGCAUGAAGCAACAUGCAGCAGUGCUUGAAGAGGGGGUUUUGGAUCCAAAAACAACAAUUGUUGCCAUAUUUCCAUCUCCGAUGCUGUAUGCUGGGCCUACAGAGGUAAUGUAAUUUUUUUGUAAAUUUUUUUUUGUUAUGCACAAAGCAGUGAAUUAAAAAAAAUAAUUGCUAAAUUUAAAUCAAAACUGCAGAUUUUGGUCAAAUUAUAAUAACAGCUUGGCUAAUUUUAACUGUAUUAAAUCCAAAUAGCAACAUUGAGUAGUGAUUAAGACUGUGGUUGAGUUAGAGGUUAUCUCCAGAUCAGCUAUUUUGGCUGAAAUGUUGCCAUUUUGAUUGCAACUUGCUGUCGUAGUUCAGACUUAAAGGGACACUGUAGUAUUAGGAAUAAAAAGCUGUAUUACUAACUCUAUAAUAUCCCUCUGCCGCCGUACCCCCUCCUGCACACUCCACAAUCAAAGGGUUAAAAACCCUUUAAAAACUGAGUCCCUCAGUGCUGGCUCUAUCUCCACCUCCUUUCACAUCAUUGCAACGAGGAAACUUAUUGCAUCAAUGAGAGUAAGUGGUCAGGGUGCCUAUAGUGUCCCUUUAAGUGAAUAUUGCUGGUUCCACUUCAUCUAUUACAAUAUUACAGAUGCAAAACUAAAAUCCUCUUCUUCAGGGGCAGUAAACAUUUAUUUUCAAAAGCUAUUUUGGCUUACUUUAUUCAAGCCAGGCACGAUUCAACUCAACUCGCUGUUUCGGGAAUAAACCACUGAGUUGGCAUUGUUAUGUUUAGUCGUUUAGUUUCUGAUCCUGUUGUCUGCAUAUUGCAUUGUGCUAUUUGUAUCACCCACUGUCUGUCCUACCGUCACCUAGGUGCAGUGGCAUUGCAGAUCUCGGAUGAUUGCCGGUUCCAACUUUUACAUUGUCGGACGUGACCCAGCUGGAAUGCCACAUCCUGAAACCAAAGCGGACUUAUACGAGCCAACACAUGGUGGGAAGGUGCUCAGCAUGGCGCCGGGACUGACAUCCGUGGAAAUCAUUCCCUUCAGAGUUGCUGCAUACAAUAAGAACAACAAAGCGAUGGAGUUUUACGACAAAGAAAGGUAGAACGUCAGUAACACAAGUCUGAUUUUUAUGUAAAGGUUGUGAUCAAUGUGAAAGGCAUUCUAUAAAAUAGCUGAAGCCUGCAUUUUAAAAUCAGUCUGAGACAGCCAAAUCCCUCUUCCAGGUUUAGCUGCGACUGCUAAGGAGGCAGAUCAGGGACAGAGCCAGCACAAGCCAAUCAGCAUCUCCUCAUAGAGAUGAAUUGAAUCAAUGCAUCUCUAUGAGAAAAGUUCAGUGUCUUCAUGCAGAGGGUGGAGACACUGAAUGGCAGGGCUGUACACUAGGCAGGACUGCCCCAGGAAGCACCUCUAGUAGCCAUCUGAGGAAAAGCCAGUGAAGGGAUCCAUAGGCUGUAAUGUAAACACUGCCUUUUUUUCUCAAAAGAUAGUGUUUACUGCAAAAAGCCUGAAGGUAAUGAUUAUACUCACCAGAACAAAUACAAUAAGCUGUAUUUGUUCUUGUGACUAUAGUGUCCCAUUAAUGGCUACGAGCGAUCAACUAAAUGCACUGCAGGGCUUCACCCAGGAGAGCUAACUGAACCUCUGACUGGCAGCAAGCAUACACUAGAUAAGAAGUUAUAUUUGGGGAAACCAGGGUACUCCUGGCACCGUAACCACUACAGCACCUUCAGACAUUGGGAGAAAGAUCCUGAGAGACAAGGGGCUCGUAGUACAAAAUUAUGAUUUAUAUAAUUAUAAUUUGCCAGAUGUCUGAAAAGAGGAGAGCUAUAUUCCAAAAAGUUUGACUUGCACGCAUAUGGUUUCCAAAUUUAACGGAGCCUUUAUUGCAAAAGAUAGAUAUGUAUAUAUUUUUUUCCCCACACUUCCAAAUAAAUACGAAAAAAAACCAGGCAUUAUUUGCAGAUUUUAAGUGUGUAAAUAUAAUUGGUUCCUGACACACAAAGCAUUCAGUAUUCUCUCAAAACAGCAUCAUGAGCAGGAGGGCAGCAUGUGUUUGUCAGAUAACGCUGUGAUGCAAACUUUGACAAUAUUUGUAUUGUCAUUGAAAAAUGAGUCACUCAAAUAUUAUCUUUUUAAUACUUCUUAUAAUGUGCUUUUUGGCUAAUUGGAUUGGCUAUUCAAUUGCACUAUUGUUUUUUUUUUAAAAUAAACUUUCAUCUUGAAAGUUGUCUUUAUUUUUGCACCCUGUCCGUUUGCAUUGUAAUAUAAAAGGAACAUUUUGCAUUUCUCAUGACCAUCAUUUUACAGAAUUACAGUAUAAAUUGGGGCAAAUGUAUUAUUAUUAUUUUUAAUUCCCAUUAUCAUUGUGUUUAAAAGAUCAAAAUUAUUCUUUUGGGGAGGGGACAUUUAUGGCAGGGAAAAUAUUUCUUUUUUUUUUUGUAAAUACGUUUUUAUUGAGCGUGCAAUCUUUCAGAUCUUCAAAUAGCUAUGAAUGUGCGACAAUUAGGACACGCAGGUCCCUUCAAAAUGAAACCAGAACAAUUUUAGUAGGAAGUGAUGUCCGCUCAGUCAAAUAUCGGUGACACGCAGGUCACAACAUAACAUGCAUUAUCUUUCAAUUGCACUAUUGUUAAUAGUUUGUUCUAUAACAGUAUUCGUAUCAUUACUGGUAUUUAUAAAGCACCAACAUUUCAUUGUGCUGUACAAUCAGGGAAGGUAGACGAUACAAUAUAGACAAACUAACAUUUGUAGCCCUUUCAUACAAAGUACUAAGCAUGAGACAAGAGGGAGCAGGGGGACAUUUAAAGAUAAUGGACAGGAGAAACAAAACAUGUGGAGUUUAAAAAUGAAGUUAACCCAAUUGAUGGUAUGUCCCAAGAAAUGGAAUAAUCGCCUGUACAGUAAAUAGUAGCAAACUGCAUGUACAGAAAAUAGCACUGAAAAAGUAACAGUAAAGAGUAACAAUUGUAGAAAGGAAAAAAAAAACACAACGAAAUAUUUAACCACCAAGGGGGUAAACAAAAAGCAGAAUAGUGGUGCUUUAGUUUCCUCAAAGCUGCGAUCAGAACCUCAGAGCUUGUUAUUGCUGGUAAAAAAUGGGGGAUUAUUGCUUGAAUGUAAGGGAGACCUUUAGAUGGGAUAGAAAUAUAAUAAAUAAUAUAUAUAUUGGUCUUAUUCACUUGUAGUGAAUUGAAUCAAUUUUAAUCAAAGGCAAGCAAAUUUUAUGCUUAAAGGGCCACUAUAGUGCCAGGAAAACAAACUCGUUUUCCUGGCACUAUAGUGUUAAUAGGCCCCCCCCCUGCCGGGCUCUAGGAGGAGGAAGGGGUUAAAGGCUUACCUUUCUCCAGCACCGGGCUCCCUCGGCGCUGGGGACUCUCCUCCCUCUUCUGCCAAAUGCGCAUGUGUGGCAAGAGCCACGCGCAGUCAGUUUAUAGGAAAGCAUUCUCAAUGCUUUCCUAUGGACGCUGGCGUCUUUUCACUGUGAAAAUCACAGUGAGAAGCGCGGUAGCGCCUCUAGCAGCUGUCAAUGAGACAGCCACUAGAGGCUGGAUUAACCCUAAUGUAAACAUAGCAGUUUCUCUGAAACUGCUAUGUUUGCAGCAGGCAAGGUUAAUCCUAGCUGGACCUGGCACCCAGACCACUUCAUUGAGCUGAAGUGGUCUGGGUGCCUAUAGUGGUCCGUUAAAUAGCCAAACUAGCAGAUUAAAAAAAAUCCCACGUCAGCUAAUUUGGCCUAGUAAUUUGGUUGAUUUUAUUCAUAAAUUCAUAUUGUGGUAAAUUGCAAAGUUAGACAGGGGGUAAAAACCCAACCACAAAAUGAAAAAACCAAAAAAAAAACAAAAAUCUUUGAACGUUAAAUGGCAUUGUAAAGAGUAGUAAGGCAUUUUUUAGAUUUCCAAAUUGCUCUGCUUGAGACUCCUGACUUGCCACUCUAGUUGUGACAUCAGGUUGUUGAAAAAACGCACCCCUUGUUUUAGGACAGCUGAGCUUUGCGUAGUCUUUCAUAAAAAGAGCAUUUUAGAGCUUAUUUACUAAACCGUUAAUGAUGGAAAAAUGAAAAUAAUACUUCAGAAUUUAACAUCAAAUGGCCAAGUUAGGGCCGGUAGCAGAUUUGGAGAAUUGUUCCAAUGCCACCAUUUUGGCUUGAAUGUGACUGGUCUGGGUUCAUAAGGUCAGGAUUCAAGACACCUGCAUGGAUGGUGGUCAGAUAAGUGGUAAUUGUGAGUACAGUAGACUUACUAAUGGUCUCCCACAAGGAUUAAGGGUAAACUAGAAAAGAUACCAAAAACAGACAUUUACUUAUAGGUAAAAAAAAAAAGAUACACAGGCUUUUAUCUUCUUUUAAUAGCCAUACCGGAAUACGUGCAUUAUCUUGCCUCACUAAAUUUGCUUACCACAUUUCAGUACAGUGUGCCUGCUGUACUCCUUUGUUCUAUAUCAUGAUACAGUUUCUCUGCAGUGUGCAGAGGGACAGAGAAUGGCUUGGGCUGAUUUUAUUCAGCUUUUAUAUUAAAAAGCGCUCCACUGCCCAAAUAAGGAAAAUCAAGGCUACGUAAUAAAAGGGCCAUUUUCGGUUGAAAUCUGCACAAACAAAAAGGUCACACAUGAAUCACUUCAGCAAUCUAAAGUGCUUUAGGCGUGAGGAGUGUUCUAUUAAAAAUGAAACCAUGACCGUUGACAUUUUUGUUUUGAAGUAAGCGCAGGACCUGUAGUUAUUAAUAAUGAAUUUCCCAGACCUUUCAUAGCCUUCUACCAAUUUCCAUACAAAUACCAUGACGUUUAUAAACAAAAUACAAAUUUGACAGAACGAUUGGAAAUGUAAAAACUCCCAAACAAGUAAUAAAAAAUAUAUAUAAAGUUAGAUGACUAUACGUAGUAUUUGGUUUUCAAUUUGUAAUGUGACCGGUCAAGCUCAACAAUUGGAGGAAAACUUUGUUACACUUUUCAAUGGCUAAAACACCAAGAAAGACAGACUAAGCCCUCUUGCUCUUGCGAAGAUAAAUGAUAUUUUGCAGGGCUGUUGACCACCCCAUACUAAGGCAACAGAUCAUUAUACCUGGUAGGAGUUUAAUUUGUCUUUCUAUCUUUUUUUGGUUGCAUGUAGGCACAGCGAGUUUGACUUUAUUUCUGGGACUCGGAUGAGAAAACUUGCCCGUGAAGGUGAGAAUCCCCCAGAAGGCUUCAUGGCUCCCUUGGCAUGGAAAGUGUUAACAGAUUACUACUGUUCUCUAGAAAAAAACUAUUGAUCUGAAAGCAACGGAAUUAUGGAAGCAAUAGCCUAGUUUUUUUUAUAAAUGAGAUUAUGCGCUAAUUUAGAAAAAUGUAUUUUAUAGCUUUUAACACAUUUGAAUUUCUUUUUUGUACGAGAAAAAAAUAAAAGAAUAGUAUACCAAGUUAAAAGAAAAAAAAGAUGUUGUUUAAAUUUAAUAAGACGAAUCCUCUCAGAUAGCAUUAUAUUGUGUAAACACAGCAUUUAUACACUAUGCACAAGCAAAGUAUUUGGUUAUUAAGUCGACAUCCAAACAGGCUUCCAAUUAAAUAUAUUUGUUUGAGGCAGUCAGUAUAAACGUUGAAGGAGUACAGUAUAAAAUGUUUUUAUAUAUAUAUUUUUUUUACCCUAAAAACACAACUUUCACCUAAUUGGCCCACUCAUGUUAAUCUAUAGUCUAUCCUACCUUCAAUCCGUGUGCCUACUAAUUAAAUAACACAAAUAAGAGGGGCUUUAACAGGUUCAGGGUAAAAGUUGUUGCAUGUAAGAAGUUAGGAUCAAGCAAGUGUCACAAAAAUUCAAAGCCUUUUAGACCGCUCAAUCAUAGAACUCUAAUAAUUGCUCCAUAAAGCCUUCUGUAUAAAGAAGUUUUAAAAAGUGAGUAAUUACUGUGAAAACCAAUGAAAUUGUCCCAUCAUUGCUUUUUCCCCCCUAUGUCAUCCCCAAUGUAGUGUUUCAAAUAUGAUCCACUACUCUGUUAUUUAAAGCCAUUAAUUUAUUUUUUUUGGUGUGUGUUUGUUUAUGGAUAUGCCCACCAGAAGAACCACUGGUUGAGCUGGAGAAAAAUUGUAAAGAAAUCUGUGGAAUUUUAAUUAAAUGUAAAACUAAGCUUAAGUAAAGCAAAAUAAAUAAUGAGAUUUGUGUUUAAAUAUUUCAUUUGAAGUUUUUAAUUGAAAACUGUGCAAUGAGAGGUCCAUUUAAACAAUUGCUGUCCUGCAUCAGAUUAUUUUAUGUCCCUACAAGAUGCUUGUAACCGCCCAAAGAAAGUAAUCACAGAACCUUUUGUUUGUGACAUAUUCCCUGCUAACAGGUUUAAUGCACAUUAGAAACACAAGUACAAGACCUCAAAAAAACCCCAAACUUUUUUGCUACAUAUCCACAUGAAAACUUUAAGGUACAAUAAUUCCACCAUAUUUUUUAUCCCAUUAUAAUUAAUAAAUGAUUUUCCCAGCUCUAUUGAUGAGAUGGAAAUUGGAUAUAGUUAUUUUAGAUUAAAAAAAAAAAUUGUUUACACUAUUAAAAUUAUAUGCACAAUUAUCUAUAUAUUUAAUAGAACAUUUUAUGGAUCAUUUUUGCAGUUUUUCAAGAAAUGUGCAGACAAAUUCAUUUUAUAAUAAUGGACCAAAUUUGUAUCAUGUAGAAUAGUUAUUGAAAUUAUAACUGCUUCAAAGUAUACUUUGAGUAGUCUAGAGGUGUUUGUGUAUUAAACGACAAAUUAUUAUUAAAAAUAAAUUAUAGUAGAGCUGGAUACACUACUCAAAGUAAAUUAUUACCGGCUUAAUUUGGUGUAGAAGAGAUAAAACAGAUGUAGUUUUAGAGGAGGCAGUGAAGUGAAUAAGCCUCUAGCAAUUAAACUACAACCACAAUACUUGUGCGCAGUUAGCAAAGCAUUAUGGGUAUCCCAGUUUAAGUGACCAGUCUAUAAGGAUGCAGAACAUCAGUCAUUGGCAGGAAUUGUAGGCAAUAUAAAAAAAAAUGUUUUGUUUAUAACGUUAAAGGAUUUGCGUUUGUGCAAAAAAAGUCUAGACAAUUGAUUUUUAUGUAUAGUAUUUUGAUUACAUUUAAAUUUGUCAUUUUAUAUAAAAAAAUAAAUCCAAAUCUAUUUAUUAAAGACGAAGCAGGACUUGUGUAUUUUUCUUUUAGACAUUGCUUGUCUCUGUAAUAGUGAUAUGCAUAUCAACUCACAAUAUUACAUUUCUGUAUUUACUUGAUGACCCUGUAUGCAUGCACAACAUUUCAUGAAACACUGCACAUAUC